GCUUGAUUGUAAUGCUAUCAAUGUUUUCACUGGGCGUUGAGUUUUGAUCGGUUCCCAUUUUGCCAGCAUUGAGGCAGCUGAGGUAAUAAGUGUGUGUGCGCGAGCGCUUGGCUUCGGCGAGUAUACGUUUGUAAUUCGUGUUUUCCCAAGAAACAUGAUGUCUAGAAAGCGAAGAGGAAAGAAUUAGGCUCCUGAGUUUUUAAGAUUUAAAACAGAAGUUUGUGGGCAAGGGGGGCACCAUUAGGUCAGACGCCACUUCUCCUGCUGUCCCCUCAACAGCUUUUUUAAAAAGCUGCCCUUCUGCGCAAGCUUUAAAAGGUGACAGAGCUCUCACCUAGCCAGCCUAGGUGCUGUUGGGAUGUACCAUCCCCUCAAGUCGAGGCAGGGGACAUCAACGCCCACCCGCCUUUGCCUCAGUUCUUUACCAAUGGCCCCAAAAAAAGAAAAGUAUUUUCCGUUAGAGGACGUGCGGGAAAGCGCCAUAUUUCUCCCCUUUUAAUAAUAAUAUAAAAGCAAAACUAUGAUCUCCCACCCCCUUUUUUAUAACUUGGUUCGCUCCGUUGCCUUAGAAGCCACCCCAAACUUGACGAGUGGAAAGCGCUCCGGAGGUAAGGCAGUCGUGUUCCCUUUUGCGUCCUUCCUUUGGGGCAAGUUCAUUUAAAACUCGAGGCGGUUGGGCGAUACCAAUAGCGGAAAGGGGAGAGAUUGAAGGGUGGGGGAAGUUUCCACUGCGGCGCCGUUUUAGAUGUAAAAGACGUCCAAAGUUAGUACAGAUUGCUUUGCUACACUUAUCAGUCAAUCUUAAGUCACUUGCGCUGAUAACAAUUUUACUCAACAGCGAUAAAUCCAACAGGGGAUGAAGGAAAGUUGAUAUUCUGCAGCUGCUACAGGUGUAAACAAUUAAAACUGUUGGAAGGUUGUACCCAGUGCUCGUCCUGCUCAGAGUAGACCCCUUGAAAUGAAUGGCGACGACUAACUUAGAGACAUGGGGGUUGUAUCGAACAAAAAGUCCUACUCAAGAGUAGACUCAUUGCUCGUAGUGGACAUAAGUUGGCCAUGCUCAUUAAUGUCACUGUGUCUACUCUGAGUAGGACUAGCGUUGGAUACAGCCCACAUAUUUCAGUGAGCCUACUCUGAAUAAAACUUAGUUGGCUACAACCUUGGGUUGUUUUUAAGCACCCCAGUUUUAUUUCAGCAGCUUUGAGCAUUUUAAUAGGAAGGUGGGCUAUGCUAAAACGUUAUUUUAAGUAUACACUCUUGCGUCAACCUCUGAUAAUACAGCAUUGUUAUGUUUUUAUUUAUUACAUCACAGACCCCAAAGAUUGUGGACCUCCAGAAGAGUAGAUAGCUUUUGUGCUAGGUUUCGCCUCUGGGUCUAGUUAAAACAGCUGGCCUUUGCUUCCAGAUCAAGCCCACCAGUACUAGAAUUUUUGUUUUCCUAGGGUUGGGCUGGAAUAGGCUAUAGGUUUACCUCAUUAUCUUUUUCUUUAUGAAAAAACAAAAAAGAAAAUUACAUUUCUAGGGUGAAGGGUACACAUAAUAUGAUGAGUGGGUCUUUCCCUUCGUCUCCUGUACUUGAUUUUGUGGUGAUCUUGCUCCAAAUGCACAUUUGAAGGUAUCUUUAAGUACUCGUGUCUGAGCUGACUUUCCCCCUAUGCUCCCUUUUUCCUUGUGUGUCCUGCCUUUUAGACUGUAAGCCAUGAACCAGGGGCUGUCUUUCUACUGUUUUUUUGUAAAUGGUUCUGGGAAGUUUUUCAGCUAUGAAAAGCAGGGUAUAAAAUUGUUUAAAUAAAGAAAUGACAGAUUUGAGGGGUGAAAUUUAGCAGGAAAAUGGCGUGGGUGGGAUGGCCAUUGUCCCAGUCUUGACUGAGCCUCCCACCCCUGGUCUUCAGUUUCUCUGUUUUUGAAAUCAAGCCCAAGAAAGAUUUGUUGUGCUAGGGUGGCAGGGUGCUAUAAUCCACAUGCACACCCUUAUGUUUUUGGUAUGCAUGUGAAUCCCUCAAAAUACAGUCUGGAGGUGACCUACAUAUACCUGUUUGCUGGAAAGAAGGGGAAGUUUAUGCUUUGAGAGCAAACACUCCAUGUGAAGCUUCCAAUAAUGUUUUUUCAUGAGUUACUGACUCCAGGUUUAGAUAAUGAACUGAUGGCUUAGAUAAUGAUUUUUACAUAAUAAAAGCUUUGAUUCAGAUUAAUUUCUUUUCUUCAGUCAUAAGCCAAUACAAAAAAUAAUGAGCAUAAAAACGAAGAAGAAAGGACGAAUGGUACAAAAUGUUCAGCACAUUGAAAAGCGACAGGUGUUCUCAUACUUGUCCAAUAAUAAUAAUAAUAAUAUACAGAGUUUUUACCAGAAUUUUUAAAAAUUCUCCUAAAUUUGUUAGGGAGCAGACUUCUUCUCAAGAGUUGCCAGAUAAGACCUGCAUUGAUUCAGCUUACAGUCAAAUACAGGGCUAAGAACAAAAUUAAUUUUGGCUGGUUUGUUUUAAAAAACACACACACCACUUUUCAUAUAAUUUCUAAGGAAAACAUCAAGGGUUGUAUCCAAUGCUAAUCCUACCAUUGGAUGAUUAGGGGAAGGGCCAAACUCAUUGGUAAAGCAUCUGCCUUGCAUGCAGAAGGUCCUGGAUUCAAUCCUUUGCAUCUACCUUUACCUACAGGUAGGUAGGUAAAGGACCCCUGGAUGGUUAAGUCUAGUCAAAGGUGACUAUGGGAUGUGGCGUUCAUCUCAAUUUUCAGGCUGAGGGAGCCAGUGUUUGUCUGCCGACAGCUUUCCAGGUCAUGUGGUCAGCAGGAAUCAACUGCUACUGGUGCACAGAGGACCAUGACAAGUGCUAGAGCACACAGAAACGCUGUUUGCCUUCCGGCCACAGCAGUACCUAUUUAUCUACUUGCACCGGUAUGCUUUUGAACUGCUAGGUUGGCAGAAGCUGGGAUAGAGCAAUGAGAAUUCACCCCAUUGCACAAAUUCAAACUGCUGACCUUCCGAUCAACAAGCCCAAUCAGCUCAGUGCUUUAGACUACAGUGCCACCCAUGUCCUUUUAGGCAUCUCCAAGUAGGGCUCUAGAGAGUCACUGCCAACCAGAGCUAGGUAGACCAAUGGUCUAUCGCAGUUUCCUAUGUACUCAAAGUAGACACACAGAAGUUAAAUAGUAUGACCAGCAUAGGCCUAGAGUAACUUAGUUGGAUAUAAUCUUUUUAAAUAUUGGACCUAUAGUAUUUUGGCCGCAGAACAGGAAGACAUUUAUUUAGUACUAUUUGUUUUAAAUUACAUGCUUUGUUUUGGUUGAAAACAGUUUUCGCUCUAACAUUUCUUGUUUUCUUUGGCAGCUAAGCUCUGUUUGAAAGGAAAAAGAUGGACCAAAUAAAUGACAUGGAAUCCACUGGCAUUUCAGAAGAGAACCUCAGGCCUGAAGAGAAUGAAGAGAACGAAGAUAAUGAAGAAGAUGAGAUGAUAUCUGACCAACUUGUGCAAGAGGAGGAAAGCUGGAAAGGUUCAUAUAUAAAAUGAUGGUGUAUAUUUUACUGCACUUGUGAGGCUUCUGACACCAAUUGGUCAAGCUGAGUGUGAGGACAUGGAAUAUUUGUGAACAUUACAAUUGCUCAGGGAAGGACACUGCAAGAAUACUUGAAGUAUAGAUUCAUUGGGGGAAGGGAGCCGCCAGUUCGGUCAGAAAUUUAGAGUUGAGCUGAAAGUGGGAGGGUGAGAAUGAGUUUCAGAAAAAAAUUGUGUCUCCUUAGAAGUACAAUUUUCACCAUGUCCGUGCAUGUGCAUUGCAGUGACCCGGAAAUGGCUGGAAAAGGGGACAGAAUGGGGUCAGAGCAGGCUUUUGCAUGAUCUGCUGUUGCAUGUGAUGACCCGGAAAGCAACCCUCAAGCAAAUCAGGGGGUGUCUGUACUCACUUUUCUGGAGAAUAGGGACAAAUUGUGUCUCUGGUGCCAAGAAACCCAGGAUUGCACAGCUCAGUUGCCUUGGCAGUCAGGAAAUUUCCUCACCCCUUGCUAAUUUAAACCACGGGUGUGAUGCUGUGGCAUUGGCAGAUUCCUUAUAUGAUCCCUGAAUAGUCAGGAUCACUUGGGAAAGAAGAAGCCUAGGCAAAAAAAAAAGGCAAAUGCUAGAGAAAAGUGUGUUUUUCAUGCUCUUCCCAUAGCUCCCCUUUUUGUAUUUAAAUAAACAAAAGGAAACCUUUAGCACAUUGCUAAUUAAAAAUGCACACAGGUCAUAGGGGGAGGAUUAGCUUUGUGGCGCAGAGUGGUGAGAAAGCCAAGUAUCAUGAAGCCCACAAGCAAAGCAGCUGAAGGAAGCACGAAACACAUAGGCAAUGAGCUGAGAAAGAGGAACAUCAGGGAAUGGUAGAUAGGUAACAAAGCAGUGGUCUGCCCCUAUCUUAGAGACAUCAGUGUCCUCAUAAGAGCAAACCUUCUACUCUGUCUAUGAGCCAUACUCUGGGACAUCAGAGCUUUGCAACUACAGCAGCUCUGACUUGAAAAGAAGAUAAUUUUAUUCAGGUUACUAACAAUACAGGCUCAACAGCAAGCAUGGAGUUCUGAUUGGUAGCAUUGAAGUUGUCCCAACAGUUGCUUAAUCUUAAAAACAAAUUAUCCUAGGUAAGGUCUGCCCAUCAGAGAGGCAAUGUUGCAGCUGUCUGAAAAUAGGGAUUACCGGUAUAUGUGACUUUCCCCGUCAACACCCUGGCUGCUGCAUUCUGCACUAGGUGCGAAUUCUGUAUUUCCUUCAAGGUCAGCCCGACAUAAAGUGUGUUACAGUAGUCUUUCCUGGUGGUUACUAAAGUGUGGAUAACUGUAGCCAGCUAUUCCUGUGCAGAAAAGGCUCUAGUUAAUACAUCACCUGACACUGGGCAUAAACACCUGGGCUUCAAGUGACAGUGAUAGUUCCAGGAGUACUCCCAAACUACCUACCAGGCAGCAAUGCUUCUGAAUACCAGUUGCUGGAAACUGUAAGAGGGGAGAGUCCUCUUGUGUUCUUAUCCUGCUUGUGGUUUUCCUACAGGCAUCUAGUUGGCCAGUGUGAGAGCAGGAUGUUGGACUAGAUGGGUUAUUGGCCUAAUCCAGCAGUCUCUUAUGUCCUCAUGUCCUUCAAGGUGUGCUACCACUCUGUCCAGAACAGUCUGUCCCAACCAAUCCUGGACCUGGGGAGCACAGAAGCUUCACUUUGUUUGGAUUCAGCUUCAAUUUAUGGGUCCAUAUUUAUGGGUUCAAUUUAUUUCCUGCCAUUCCUUCUGAAAGGAGCCCAGGGUAGCAACCCCGUCAAUUACCACCUCCAGGCACUGACUCAGGACCUUCAUUACCUCUCCUGAUAGCAACGGAGCAUAGAUGUGGAGCUUAUGGAAAUGGUGGAGAUGUAUGAACAGAAUGCUCAAACAAAUGCGUUUUCCUCUGCUGUCUGCUACAGCCUGUCAUUGAACUGUAAAUUCCAUUUUCCCAUUUGGCUAUUACAGAGUUCUUUUGUGCAGCACUUAGGAAAGAUGGCUUGUGACAGCUCUGUCGCCAAGGUGGAGUGCAUUUGCCUGUGUUAAGUCCCUGAGUAUAAAAUUGUCUUUGUAUAUAUUUUGUGACAAGAUCCCCCCCAUUAUACACAGUAGUAAAGCUUUUAGCUUGUCAUCUGUGCGGCCUCUUGUCUUGUGUCGACUUGUCAAGGAAGGGUAUCGAAGUCGCAAAGAGCAAAAGUUUCCUUCCUUUCCAUCAGGACCUGAACUUGAAGACGAUUAUGAGGAGGAGGCCCGCACAGACAGUAACGAUGCUUUGGAAGGAGGUGAAGAGGAAGGAGAGAAAGGAGAGCAUUUGGAUUCUAUUGGGUGAGUGCAUUGGCAUGAGAAGAUACUCUUUUCACUUCAGAAUUCAGAGAGAGUACCCAUAAGAACAUAAUGUUCUUGCUUGGGGAACGGCCAUAGCUCAGUGGUGGAACAUCUGCUUUGCAUACAGAAGGUCCCUGGUUCAGUCCCUGGUAUCUCCAGGUAGAACAGAGGAUGCUCCCUGCCUGAAACCCUGGAAAGCCACUGCCAGUCAGGGUAGACAGUACACAGCUAGAUGCACCAUUGGUUUGACUUGAUAUAAGGCAGUAUCUUGUGUCCCUUGAUUAGAUGAAGGUCUCUUUUAGGGAUGGGGAACCACUGACCCUCCAUAUCUGGUUGAACUCCAACCCCCAUGAGCACUAGCAUGUUGGAAGUUCUAAUCCAACAGUUCUACAGUGGGAGUAGGGAUUUUUUUUUCUUGCCAAAGGGCCACAUUUCCUCUUGGGCAACCUUCCAUAGGCCACAUGCCAGUGGUGGGUGUGAGAGAUGUGGGUGCAGAUAGACACACAGCACUCUCCCAUUCUCCAGUAAGUAUUUUCACACUUAUGUUCCAGCCAGGUAAAUAAAUCAGGGCCACUGAGGAGAGUGACUUGGGCAGAAUGCUGAGGGCCAGAUGGAGAUACAGGGAGGGAUGCCGUCAGCCCCCACCCUUGAUCUAGGGAGAGGCACAGGAAAUCCUCAACCUGAUUUCAUGCAGCAUCCCUGUCUUCAGUGCUGGGUGACACUAUACCAAACAGAAAGCCCUCAAGAGAAGCAGAAACAUGACAACUUUCUUCUUGUUGCUUGUCUCCAUCUUUGACACCUUGUAGGGGCAAAGAGGUGGAACAGAAAUAAUUCUAAGAUGUUAAUUAAAUAUAUAAGUAAACCAAGUAAAUUUAUAAGGCCUAUAAGGCCUCUGUUUUUUUAAUGGCUUUUUGAUCUUAAGAUCUAUGGAAAUCUAUUCUCUCCCCACACCCAGCCAACCAAGCAGGGAAGGCUCAGAACAACCGAAGACACAGAGAAUAAAAAAAACAAUGAACUACGCAGACAGAGUUCGUGUUCUCAACUUGCGCAGGAACCUGAACCAACUUGACAAUCUAGCCAAGGAAAAGGAGAUGAUUAUUAGGAAAACCAGGUCAGCUCUCCAUCCACCCUCCCCACUACACACACAUAAGCAUUUCCCGCUGUUUCCACAAUGUAUGGAGUAAAAGUUGUUUUUAGGGUUUAGACUGUGCUUAAAGACUUGAUUUCUCAUUAUGCUGAAAGGGUCUGUCUGCUGCCAUUAUUUUAAAGAAAAUGUUCUUGCUUAAAAUACCCUUGGGUUCCUGGAAGUAGGAGUAAGCAGGCAGGGGAGGAAAUGGAGGAACUGAGUAGCAUAAUAUAGUGUCAAGCGACUGGGGGCUGAGCUAGGCAAUAGUUAGCUAUGUGUCAGUGCCCUUAAGUGCAGGGGUGUGCUUUAUAUGCAGAUUGCUAGCAUUCUGGGAUCCUAGCAUGGUGGGUAAGGGGUCUUUAAUGUUUCUAUUGGCAUAAGAAGGCAGUAAUUUCUGCUCUGAUCUGUAUUCAUCAUAAUUAGUGCUGUUUCUGUUUCACUGCAGCUCACUUUCUGCCAAAUAUUUCAAGACUUGUCUCACUGUUCACUGUUUAACAUAGAUUAUGGAGCUAUUUAAGUAACUUACAUUCAUUUCAAUGUAAAGGAAAUGUCCAAACAACUUUUUAAAAAAUAGUCAUUGAUUAUGGAUCAUUUGAGGACUUAAAAAAUCAAGAAGGGUGUGAACAAACAUGUGAAUUGCAGCAAUUUCCACCUCAUUUUUUUGUUUUCAUCAGAAUUCUCUGACAAUCCUAUUGCCUGCCCCCUGCUAUGGUCUUGAUUGGGAUCAUGGACACAAACCUGCAAUUUGCAUGGAGGGCUGGGGGAAAGAGCUCCCCUUGAAUUAGAGGUUAUUUUGCAGCGCAAAUUGCACACUGUCCAAAAGGGUUUACGCCUCCCUACCCCUCAUGCUAGAGCCCUAACGCAGAUUGCUGCUGUCUCCCUCUUCAGAAAUUUAUGGCAUUUUAUGUGGUUAAGGGCACAGGUAAGCUCUUGGCUACAAACUCAGUUCAAAUCUCUCCCUUCCCAUGAACUCACUCAGCUGCCCUAAGCAAGCACCCACCUCUCCAACCCUCAACAUCUGUAUCAUUGAUUUUAAAUAAAUACAUAUAAAUUUCUCAGCCAUUGAUGCUGGCUUUUGAUGAACCUGCUUCUGUAAUUGUGAGGUUUUUACUGUUUCACUGUAUUUAUUUAUUUAUUUAUUUAUUUAUUUAUUUUGUUUAUAUCCUGAUCACCCUUUCAAAGAAGCCCAUAAACAUAAAUUAAUGUUUUAUUAUGUUUUUUGUCACUAUAUUAUUUUUAUAUACUGCUUCAGAAUUUAUUUAUAAAUGAAAAGUGGUUUAGAAAUUCUUUUUGUAAAAAAUAAAUACUAAGGAUGGUAUUAGCUAUAUUUUACUCAUAGUAUACCCAUUGAAAUUACUGGACCUAACUUAGGGCUAGUCCACACUUCUGCUAGUUCUGUGCCUAGAAAGCAAGUGUCCAAGUGGUUUUCCAUUUGACACUUUCUAGGCACUGGCCUGAGUGGUUUCCCCCCUGCCCUGUUCCUUUCCCAGGGAAAACUUGCUCUUCAGUGCUAAAUUGGAGGAAAUCUCAGUUCGGAGAAAACAUGAAUUCCAUUUGCUCUGAUUGAGUACUAAAGAGUGGUUUUCCCCAGGUGAAAGCAGCGGGACAAGAGGAAGUGUGGAUAAGCCUUCAGUCAUCUUCAAUAAUUCUUGAGGUUCUACUCAGAAUAAGUUGAACACUACCCUAAGUAUUGCUAUGGAUUGUAGCCAACUAAAUCUUACUCAGAGUAGAGCCACUGGAAUUGAUGAACAUCUGUUGUAAACAACUAAGUCCUAUUUGAAGUACACCCAUUAAAAUUAAUAGAUUGAAGUUAGUCAAUUAAUUUCAGUGGGUCCACUUUGAGUAGGGCUAACAUUGGAUAUAACCUGGUAUUCUUGGUUUUUUUUAAAUUACAGUAUUAAAAUAUACAGUAUUUAUAAUCAUUAAUUUGUACACAGAUGGAUAUUUGACUCUUAAUUCUGUGCUGAAAUAUGCAGCUUAGUUGCCAGAAAUGUCAAAGAAAGAGAAGGGUCUGAGAUUUAGGAAGACCCCCCUCCCUGCCCCCAGUGAUUUGUGCCUGCUUAUUUUCAGGGAGGAACUGGAUGCCUGUCAUUCCCAUAUCGACAGCCUAACAAACCAACAAAGGGUUGUAGAGAGCGAAAUUGAGAGAGAGAAGGAGGCUGGGAACAGGUACGUAGCUGUACCUGCAUGUCAUAGAUUGCUACCCUUUUCAGUGUUCACGUGGCUCAUUCUGAACUUUGAUUACUCUCUCUGGUCUCUUGCUGUUGCUGGAAGUGCUUGAUAGUCCCCAUCCGCCACCUCUCCUGAUUCUCUUUGUUGAAUGGUUCUUAAUGAGUCAGUGAUUAAAAUGUUUGAUAAACACAAAUGCAGUUAUCUCUGAGGACCACAGUGUGCGGUAGGAAACAUUAACCUUUUGUUGUGUGCUGGGAAGCAGAUGGAGCACUUUGCCUCCUCCUUGCUGAUGCAAUCUCUUUUUUUUUUUUUUUAUUAUAAUUUUUUAAUUGGUUUUUCACAUUUUAUAAAGACAUAACACACACGUAAAAGACAAAAACAAAAAAAAACAUGUAUAAUUUCAAAAAUCUUACUUUCUUAACUUUGGUCCUUGACUUCCCCCCACCCCCCCUUCAUACAUCCCAUUUCCCAUAAUUAUGUCAGCAAGUUAUUAUUUUACCUCCUUACCCUGUUAAUAUUACAGCUGAUGCAAUCUCUCUGUAUGUCACACACUGUUCAUACCCAGUGGGUGCCUACUACUCAGCAGAGUUAGGUGCAUGUUGCAGCUUUGGAAAUGCUUGAUCUUUUUCUUCUCCACAUCCAAGGAGGAGGUAAGAUUACAGUCGGGAAAUUGUUCACACAUGCAAGGCACCUAAUAGCAGAUUACUGAACUUUCUUUGUGGCUGAACCAUGCAGUGAAGAAAGAAAAUGAUCAAAGAUCAUUUGAUCUUAUCACACAAGACGAGGUGAUUGUGGGAGGGGGGAUGCACAGGGGAAUCACGCUCAAGUUAAGCCUUCUGUCUCCUCAUAAUGGAAAUGCUUUGUUUCUCAUGAAUUGAUAUAGCAUAGAGCAGGCUUCCUCAACCGGCCCACCAGAUGUUUUGAGACUACAAUUCCCAUCAUCCCUGACCACUGGUCCUGCUGGCUAGGGAUCAUGGGAAUUGUAGGCCAAAAAACAUCUGGAGGGCUGAGUUUGAGGAAGCCUGGCAUAGAGGGUAAGGCUGCACAUACACAUACAUUUAAAGCACUUCGCUUCCACCAAAGAAUCCUGGAAACUGUAGUUUGUUAAGGAUGCUUGGAAUUGUAGCUAUGUGAGGGGUAAAAGUACAGCUCCCAUGAUUCCUUGUUGUUGUUGUAGACCUCCUUUCAUCUGAAGAUCACAGGGUGGUUCACAAAAUAAAAAUACAAAAUGAGAACCCAAAAUGCAUAAUGGAAACAAACCAAUAGCCCUUCCCUUGUGUGUGUGUGGGCUGGGUUUUUAAUGUGACUUAAAUGUAUGAUGUGUAUGACAUUUCAGCAACAAAGCAGGAGGUCUCCAGUUUUAUUCUGGAUCUGCAGAAUUUUUUUCUGCCCUGAACUUACUUGAGGGCUUUAAGCAAGGCUCCCUCAGUCCCCGCAUCUGCAAAAUAGAACUGACUUAACCUUACAGCAGAAUCGGGGAGCAUGUUAGACCCAAAGUCCCCUCAGCCCCAACCUGUGUGGCCACUGGUUAGGAUGUUGGGUAUUGUAGUCCAACAGCAUUUGGAUGAUCACAGGUUUCCCAUCCCUGCCUUGCAGGGUUGCUGUCAAAACUGCCAUUAGAUAACGUAUCUGAAGCUCUCAGAACACUAGAAGUGCUAUGCAAAUCUUAAGUAUUAUUGUUAGGGGCAAGCUAGGUGAAGUACAUAAAAGUUUGUAAGACCUUAUUUUAGAGAGUUUUGGGUUGUAGUUCCACUCAGAGUAGACCUAUUGAAGUCAGUGGAACGAAGUUAGUCAUGCUCAAUAACUUCGGUUGGUCUACUGUGCAUUAAAGACAACCACUAGGUACAAAGGUGAAAUGAAAUCAAGCAAAAUAUUCCCUUUUCAUGGUUUCAUACCAUCAUGAUAUCAGAUUGUUAAGGAGGAUAGGGCAAGAUGGCACUGUACUGCUACCAACCCUUUGCUCAUGGGACUAAUUUAAAUUUGACAGUAAUUUCUAAUGGCUUUGUUCACUGAGGAGAAAGCAAUAAUAAGGCACACAAAUGUGUUUAGCAGCAGGAUGGGCUUCUGAUUCAUUAACCAAAUGCAAAGUUAUAAUCAUAAUUUUGUUCUGAGAUAGAAUAGUAUAAUCCUGAAGGAAUUCCAAUUAUUUCUUGAAACUUAUGGCUCCCCCUCCUAUGCUAAACAGCACCGUGGUUAUGUGAAGUCCUUGUUUGUUUUGUUCUCCUUAACCUUUUGAUGACACUCUUCUUCUGUUAAAAUUAUGAACUGCACUUGACUUCAUGUUCUUUCCAUCUACUAAAUUCUACAGUUAAGGAUUCUAAAAAGUUGCUGCAGAGCAGGGAUUGGAGGAAGCUGUGGCUCUCCAGAUGUUGAUGGACUCCAGCUCCCAUCAGCCCCAGUCAUCAGGGAUAACAGGCUCCUAUCUAUGCUGUAGAGUUAGUACAGAUGCCCGAUAACUGGAGUAGUCCACACAUUGUAGUGAUCUCUGCAAAUGUUUUCAGCUCAGAAAAAAAAUGCACAUUUGGAGGAUGCUUCAUCAUAAAAGCAGACAUCAAAUCAGAUUUUCCAAAUGGUUAUUUCAAUGCUAGCCAAAGCACAAAAGGCUGACUUGCUUGUUGUUAGGCUCAUACUUGUCAAUUCUUUCUAGUUGGUCUCAGUUCUUCACACAAUGAUACUUUCUGAUCUGUGGUACUUGUUUAAGAAACUAGGUGUUCAAGAAUGACCCAAGUGCACUCUCUCCACUUUCACUUUCCAGCAACAGGCAUUCAAAGGCACACUGCCUCCAAUUGUGGAGACCAGGGGUCAGCAAACUUUUUCAGCAGGGGGUCGGUCCACUGUCCCUCAGACCUUGUGGGGGGCCAGACUAUAUUCUGGGAAAAAAAUAUGAAGGAAUUCCUAUGCCCCACAAAUAACCCAGAGAUGCAUUUUAAAUAAAAGCACACAUUCUACUCAUGUAAAAACACGCUGAUUCCAGGACCUUCCGUGGGCCGGAUUUAGAAGGUGAUUGAGAUGGAUCCGGCCCCUGGGCCUUAGUUUGCCUUCCCAUGGUGGAGACAGAACAUAGCUAUUGUGGCUAAAAGCAAUUGGUAGUCUUGACCUCCAUCAAUUUGUUUAUUCCUCUUUUAAAGCCAUUCAUAGCUAGACUGUAAACUAGAAGUUUGCAGGUACACGGCGAGGAGUAUGUGACUCAUCCCCAGUGAUGAGUCGGCUAGCUGGAGUGAAGUCAGGAGAUCUAUGUGCUUAAAUUUCUCCACCAUGCCCAAUUGGUCCUUCAGCAUCGCCUGACAUCCCACGUGAGGGGAAUCAUGGGCUGCAAUGGCAAACACCCAGCUGGGAUGGCCUGUACGUGACUCCUCCAACCAACAGCUUGAGUCUCCUUGUAGACCUGGUUGGCACCAUUUUUCAGAGGAUGAGGACAAGGCAGGCAGAUGUAACCAUUCUCCCUUGCUCCUCUUUCUGCCAGCUUACUCACAGAGGGCAGAUGAAAGGCAGAAGUAGCAAGAAGGAAGAACACCAGGAGCAGGGGAAAUUAGCAGGGAAACAGGGGCCUCUGCAGGUGCCCAGUGAUGUCUGCUACUGGUGCGAGUCCUGGACAGUUAAUGUGGCCUUGUUCAGGGCCGUCUUAAGCAUAUCUGGCACCGUGGUGCAACUAUCUCUCCGGCGUCCCUGCCCCCCGUCUCUCAGAGUUGUCGACCUUUUUUAAGGGGGGUCUGAUUGCAGCCCAGAUGGCCUCCCACGCCCUCCUGCGAAGCCUCCCUCUAAGCACCCAGUGCCCCUUACCUCCCCCCGUCUGGAGAAGUCCGUGCGAUAGGAGGGCCAGCAAGCAGAUCAGGUGGCUCACCGGCUGUCCCAUCCUUGCUCAGUGCCAGGAUUGCACAGGGUGCUUCCCUGCUCUGCUCGCAGACUCCGCAGGGAGGCGGCAGGCAGCGAUGCGGCCAGAGAGGGGCGGGAGAGGCACCCCCGCCCCACCCCCACCUCCGAUUGCACCGCCCAGGCAGCCCCAGCAGUAGGGGACAAAAAGGGGCUUCCCUGAGCUGGACGCAGCAUGCUCCAAUGGGCAGCUGAGAGGAGAGGAGCGGGCUGCCCCAGAGCGGGGAAGGGAGCGCGCCCUGACUCUCCUUCCCGGACACUCAGCCUGUGGCGCCCUCCAAAAUCUGGCACCCCGGCACCCCGCGCCACUAACGUCUAUGGGUAAGAUGCCCCUGGGCUUGUUCACACCUGAUAAACCAAUCUCCUGUGUUUUAAAAUAUAUUAGUUACAAAAUGUUGUAAUAUGUUUUCUGUUCCUUUUUCUUUUUUUACUCGCAAACCAGUUUAAAAUGGACUGUAAGGUCUGCAAAAAUGCUGUCCAUGGUUAUUGUCAUUCACAUUGUGUAGAUGUUUUUAAGGAGAUUGAAUGGGGAAUGGACACUUUAGGGACGUAAUUGAAAGACAUUCUGUUAAUAUAAACUGGCAGAAUUUUGAAAACAUAAGCCUUUACCCCUCAAGGCACCAUAAUUGUUUCUCUUUUUUAUGUGCCAGGUUUUAACAUUCAUUAUUUCCAUUUUUCUUCUUUUCUCUUUCUCUCUCUUUUUCCCUUUAAUGUAAUAGUGCUGCCGUGUUCCGCCUACAGGCAAUGCAUCGACGUGUGUGUGUUGAACUGGGAAAUGAAAAGGACCUUGAGUCAAAAAUUACUGCAAUGCUGAACGAAAGCCUGUAAGUUUAAAGAGCACAAAAGAGACAGAGGCAGGAUUGAUCAUUAUGGUUUUCUAUUAAUGCAACCUAGCAAUUUAGCCCUGAGUCCAGAAAAACCUACUUAAUGUUUUUUGGUUUUUUUAAAGUGGAGGAAUUAAUCAAUAAAUAUGCAAAUGUGUUAAGGCCUAAUGCUUGGAUGGAAGGAAAAUGUGAAAAGACAACAACCCUCUUAAAGAAAGUUUGAAUUGCAUUGUGGAAGCAGUUUUAUUUAUUUGUUUGGUCUUGUGGCAUCAUGGGUAAAACUGAGAUGCCUAGAAAUUUUUUUUCACAUGAUGUUGAUUCUUUCCAGCUGUCAUGCACUGGGUAAAUCUUCUGGUCCUUCCUUCCUGCCCCUCUCCGCAGCAAGAAUGUGAGGGGGCAGGGUGGAAGCAGAAAGUGCCCCAUCUCCUGAAUCUUGUGUUGUCGUUUGUGUCCUCAAUGCAAUCCAGAAUAAACUUGCAAAAAGAAAUCAUGUAUUUUAAAAAUGCAGCUUUGAUUUAGGUUACUAAAUGAUUCUUUGGAUAAUUUAAGUGUUCAACAUACAUAUUUGUAGAUAAAGCGCUAGUUAUUUUCUCUUGCACCCAUACAAUUAACUGCUUUGUAAAUGAAACUUUGAUACACAAGCUGAACCAAAUGAAAGCAACUGUGAGUAUUAAAGACAUUUGGAGCAGGAAGGGAGCUUAAUGGGGUCAUCCCAUGCCCCGAAAGAGGACCAUUUCUAUCUAAACGAUUCCCAACAGAUGUUUGUUUAACCUACUUCUUCCUCAAACUUUCUAUGAUGUUUUGAUGGAGCUCUGCCAGGCUGCACUGGUUUGGCCUGCUUCUCCUUUUGCAACAGAAGGAGGAAAGUCAAUUCUUCCUUUUCACACUUGAGAUAGAAAUUGCCUGAAAGGGGAGAAGAGGCAGUGUGGUAUUCUGGUUAAGAGUGUUGGACUAGGAUGAGAGAGGAGUGUUUGGGGGGCUGAAUUGUCAAAAUAAUGGCUAGUUCAGCAAUUUAUGUUUGAGCUGGCAUAAUAGUCAGCACUGCAUGCUCUUAACUGAUGCCUUGCAUGUUUGAAAUCAUGCUUUACGGAAAUACAAGGUAUUUGUCUUUUGAGGGGAGAAAAACCCAAUCCUUUUUAUUUUUGUCUCGGAGGUCACACCACUGCUGCAGCCACAUCAAAGCGAGUCCAGGAUGAAGGGCUUAUGGCAGAGCUUGAGCAGCUGAUUAACCAGAGAGCAGCCUGACUCCUGCAGCUGAAUUAUAUAAAAAGCUUAAGAAACGGGGGAGAAACCUUCCAUGGCACUUUUUUUAGUAGUGUGAUGAGUGGCAUUUGCAUUUUUAAAAAAUAUUUUUUAAAAAACGGCUGUCAAAAGUGGCCUCAGCUGGCCCAAGCUAAUUCAAAGGAUUGGAUGAAAUUGAGGGUUUUAGUAUUUGGUAUGCAAAGGACCACAUGUGAUUAUUUUUUAGGCGUUGCCUUUGGGUUAUAUUUAGCCAAUGGUAGUCCUACUUAGAGUAGACCCAAUGGCGCUAGGCGACAUAACCAACUGCAAUCUAUUAGUUUUAGUAGGUCUACUCAUAAUAGGACUUGGUUAGAUACAACCCACUAAGUCUCUAGAGACUUACUCUUGGAUAAGUGUGUAUAGAAUUGUAGCAUAAAACAUUUAUCACAUGAUGAAACCAAAAUAACCUAAGUUUUGUAAUGAUGAGAAUCAAGGGGCAACUAUGAAAAAAAUUUGCUGUAUCAAGUGCUCCUAUUCAGGGUUCAAAGUAGCUAGUCAUGUCUGGUCUACGGAUAUUCCAUUCCGUACUCCUGCCCACUUGAUGUUUGGUUUUUAAGCUCUGAAUAGCUAGUAAGCAUUCUGUUCUCAUUGAGCAUGAUGCAUCCUUAUUGGGCUGUUGUGUGGGUGUUUGGGAGGGAAAAUUCUGGCUAAUGAGCUGAAGGUGGUUUCUCUGUUCAGUAGCUGAAAAGUGAGUUUUACUUUCAUGGUGUUUCUAUAGUGUAAUGUUUCAUUUUAUUUUCCACUGUCAAAUAUUUUUAAUCUGUGACUUAGCAAGCUUUCACUUGAUUUGGUGUGUUACUGUAAGCUGUGGUCAGUUUGGGGGGGAAAUGCAGGAUGGUUCCCAUCCACAAAGUGCUAGCAAAUUGCUCAGCGGUCAAGUCAGCAGACGUCCUUAAUUAUUGCUUGUUCUUCCUUUGUCUGUUUUUAUAAGACUCGAGAUGUGGAAGAUUGAAAUUGAGCAGGGCAAUUUUUCCGAGCUCCGUAACCAGAUCAAACAGGAUGAGGAAUAUUUGGACCAGCAGAACCAAAUGCAAGCAGCAGAACGCCUCCAGAACCAGAAGAACCGAACUUUGCAGCUAAACCAGAGGUGGUUGGCCAUGGAGAGGUAAGUGAGGUGUGUGCUGCAGUCUUCCUCAACUUAAGGCCAGCCCCUCCAGAUGCUGCUAGGCUAAACUUGGAGUGGGAACCUUGGGCCUAGGGGGCAAAUAUGUCCCUACUUGUUCUUUAUCAAACUCAGGAACUCUCCCCAAAGCCAUAUCCCUUCUUCUCAGACCACACCCCGCAGUGGCCAUGCUUUGCAUCCCCCUUGAGUGCUUUUGCCUGGCUGGAAUGUGCCCUUAAACUCUGAUAGCACCUCUUGCUUGCUUGCUUGGAAGGAGGAUAGAGAGAGGUGUGUAUAGAAACAUGCCUACUGUAUAGAGGUAAAUUUUACAGUCAUUGCUCCACUGGCAUGUGGUUCUUGGAAGGUCACCCAGAAGGGAAUGUGGCCUUCAACCUGAAAAGGUUCCCUGCCCCAGGACUAAACCCUUGACCAUUGGUCAUGCUGGUUGGAACUGAUGGAGGUUUUAUUCCCAACAAUAUGUGGAAGGUACCAGUGCAGGGGCCACUCUGGAGUUGUUUCCCAAAGUCUCCCCAUCCAUAUUUCUCCCUGGAUUUUGGAGUUCUAAAUUACCUGUCCUAGUUCUCAAGUUGCAACCAAUGCAGUAGGAACCUUCUGUUGGUUUUUCUUUCCUAGUGUUCUUGCCCCAGUAUACUGCAAUGUAGCUGUCCAUUUCUCCAGCUCCUUCAUAUCUCUUCCCCUUAGUGAUGCAUACUUGUGUACUGAUAAAUCAUUAUAAAAUAUGAGAUCAUCCUUGAAAUAUGUGAUGAUGGAACAAAGUUUGUUUCUUGUUGUUCCAGAAGGCAGGACCCAAACUAAUGCCUGCCCCUUCUUCACUUUCACAUACCCGCUUUAUACAGCCCACCUUUUUCCUGGUUGGACUGUCCACCUGAAUGGGACCUGCUUGCUUCCAGAUCACUAGCCUGACAGCAAACUCAGUUAACUUCUGAAGUUCCUGUCACUGCUGGAUCCAGCUUUUUUGUGUGGUGGUUCUUGGGUAACAUGUUUUUAGUGGGCGGCAGCUCCUUACUGCUGUUGAUGCUGCUGCCAUCCAUUAACUUGCCUCUUCCUCUGAGUUUCAGUAGCAGCAGCCUCCUGGGAGGGAAGGCGAAUUGGGCAAAGGUUAGUGCUCCUUCUGGCUCCUCUCUCUGCUUGUAGAGGGCAAGAAAACAGACAGCAGCAGCAAUGAAGAGGAGUAGCAGGGCUAGGAUUAGUAAAAGGCCCCUUCUGGAUUGUGGACCUUGGCAGGUGCCCACAAAAACCAACCCCUAACACCAGCCAUGGUCCUACUAACUCAAGAAUAUAAGCCAGGCAUACAAUGUUAUUUUGUUUUUAAAUCUGUGUUUUGCUUCUCUAUAGAAAAAUACAGAAAGCCAGGGAUGAUUAUGAUCACCGUCUUUCCAAAGCAUUGGAAGAUGCUCAGAGGAACCAUGAAAAAGCAGUCAGGUUUCUGAAGAAAAGUUUGGGAAGGUUUGCCAUUUGCACUUCAUUAAAAUUUUAAGUUUUCAAUAACAACGCUGGGAAUGAUAGAUGCAGUCAUGAACUUGACUGGAUUUGCUCCUCCAAUAGGAUCCGUGACAAAGAAGCAAACCAGGAACAGAAAAACCAGGAAUAUAUGCAAAAGAGGAUGGAAACUGUGUUGUCCCUGAAGAACAACAUCUCUUCCAAUCGGGUAUUAGCUUUAUUUUGAAGUUCUUUGAUUUUUCUAAGCAUGCCUUGGAGUCCUUGGGUAGACCAGCUUUCCCAACUGAGGAGUCUCUUUUAGCACCCUCUUGACUACACAGUGGUUAAAGUGUUGGGCUAGGAUUCAGAUCAACCAUGAAGCUCAGUUGAUGACUUGGGGCCAGCUGCUGUGUCUUAGCCUAACCUACAGUACAAGUGUGUGCAGAUUAUGUGUAUUGCUUCAAUGUGAAGGAAAGGAAGGAUAUAUAUGUAAUAAUUACAAUCUCCCUUCUAGCGACCACCAGUGUUGCUAUUAUAUGGAAGGUGGAGAGCAUUUGAAAAGCUGGAAUGCUUGCAACCUGUCCAGUGGAAGCUCACUGGCACCUUGGUUAGAUUGGAAAUGGAUCACACUUUUUGAAACCAGUUUUAACUUUGUGUUGAAAUCAAUGUGUCUUCAGUUGGUUUCGACAGGCAGGGUGCCUCCUUGAUAACAGGGGCCAUUAGGGCAAACUUCAGCCCUAUGCCAAAGGCCCUCUUGGCCUAAGGGUCUUUAGUUGUGGGUUGAUGUCCCUUUGUCUGGCAUGUUUAAAUAUGUAGUACUCUGCAAAUUUAUCUUAAGUUUCUUUCUUGUGGAACUGUGCACAAAUGAAUCUAACCCCUCCCCUGCACCAAUAUGUAGGAAAAGCUCCGAACUCACCAGGCUCAGAACAAAGCCAACUUUCUUGAUGCUCAAGAGCAAGAGCAGAAGAUGAAGGAAACUAUCGAGGCCCAAGGACACAAUGUCACCCGGGAGGCUUUUCUCUAUAAAAGACAGGUGGAGUUUGAGAAGCGGAAGAAGUGAGCUGCCACUUUUUUGGGGGGAGGGGGAAUGGUAGUACUUUUAAAAAAGGAACAGGAAACUAUUUGUGUCUCUUGCAAUGAAGAUAUGAAGUCUCAAACUUAGAGGAAACUACCAAGUGAACACUGGUUUAUAUAAUAUCUAACUCUGGAAAGGUGUGGGAGGCAUUGCAUCACUAAAGACAAAGAUUAGAUGAAGGUUUUUAUGCUUUGCUUGCUGGGUCUAUCAAAAAAAAGAAAGGAAGGCAUUGGCAUUGUGCAUUAAGUCAUUUAUAUUAUUAGGUGCUGACUUUCUAGGGAUUCUCUGAGAGUCAUCUUAGGCUGCAUAAUGCUACCUGUAAAAACACACAAGAUUGUCACCCCAAAAUUUGUUUACCUUACUCUCCUCUAAUGAGUCCAAUGUGACAUACAGUAUGUGAUUCUUGUCCCUACUCUCAUAACUUGGCUACAGAUGCUAGACCACACCCUAAUCCCAGCUGCUGAUAGUAGAUGAGUUCCAGGGUUUGUUUACGCACAACCAGACCCCUUACUCAUGAGGUGUGUGAUGACUUUGGGUCUGUAGACACAGUUGCGUUGUUGCUCUGCAGCCUGGGCUCAAGGACAGAGCGGUGGCUUCAAGGGUCCUUCAGCACAUGUCAAUCCACAGGGCUCCUCAACAGGAUCCUUGGCACUGACUGAAGGAGACCUGGCUUGACCCUCAAGGUCCUCAACUGUUUCGUCCUCUGAGGACUCAGUGUCUGGUACCAGGGAAGAGCAAGUCACAACAGUGGAGUUUAUCAAGGUGAAGUUAGAUAGGUAUCUGUUGGAGCUGAUCUAACUAUGGGCUUGAUGUAUUGGGCAGGGAGUUGGACUAGAUGCUGUACAGCAUGGGUAGGCAAACUAAGGCCCAGGGGCCGGAUCUGGCCCAAUCGCCGUCUAAAUCCAGCCCACGGACAGUCUGGGAAUCAGUGUGUUCUUAAAUGAGUAGAAUGUGUCCUUUUAUUUAAAAUGCAUCUCUGUGUUAUUUGUGGGGCAUAGGAAUUCAUUUAUCCCCCCCCCAAAAAAAUAUAGUCCGGCCCCCCACAAGGUCUGAGGAACGGUGGACUGGCCCCCUGCUGAAAAAGUUUGCUGACCCCUGCUCUACAGUGCUCCCUCAAGCUCUAAAAGGUCAUUUUGCAUGAGUCCCAUUGAAGCAAAGAACUCAUUUAAUGUUCUUACAUGGCUCCUGAUAAUUUCAUCCCCCUGCGCAGGACAAGUUGGAUGGCUUGAAAAGAGGAUUAGACACAUUCAUAGGAUAGGGCUAUCAAUACCUACUAGCCGUGAUACAGCUGGAGGCAGUGAUUAUUCUGAAAAGUGGUUGGUUGUAAACCACAGGAGAGGAGAGUGGUCUUGUUCUUGAAUCCUGCUUGCAGGUUACCCAACAUCAUCUGGUUGGCCGCUGUGGGAACAGGAUGUUGGAUCAGAUGGGCCUUUGGUCUGAUCCAACAGGCUAUUCUUAUCAUAGAAACAGAAAAUUGUUGAUUUGAAAGGGACCCUGAGGUUCAUCUAGACCAACCCCCGCAAUGCAGGAAUCUCAGCUAAAGCAUCCAUGACAGAUGGCCAUCCGUUAUAUUUUUAACCUUCUCCUGGAUAAUGUCUAAUAUAUCUUCUAAAUUAGAAAUGCUUAUUUUUAUGGGGAAACUUUGCAUAAGUGAUAUACACACAACUUUUUUCUGUGUAUUUUUUUAACAUCAUAACUAAGUAGAGGCAUAUAAUCAAUGCUCCUACAGCAGCAUAGAGACUCUAAAGUGGGAGCAGGCAGGUAGCCAGAUGUAAAGCUACUGCUUCUUCCACCCACAAGCCACCCCAGUAGCAAAUCCUUGAAGACUUCCCUGACACCUUCUUGCUAACCAUCUGGAGCUUCUGUCUCUUUCACUGGCUAGAUGCAAACUGCAGAAUAGUUUUUGAGAAGGUGGGGCAUUGACACAAAUUCUAGUAGCUAACAGGUACUAGAUAACACAGGUUUACUUAGCUGGCACAAACUAUACAAAAGCCUUGAAAGGGAAUACCUUGCCUAUGCAAAGAGAAUGCUUGCAGCACUGUAUGCCCAUUCUUUUUUUCUAUUCUAUAUUCUUUUCCCCCUCAAAUUAUAAUAACAUUCCAGCUGUUUAGGUGAAGAUGAAGCCAUCUGACGGUUCAUUAGGUCUCUUAGUUUGCGCAUCUUUGCUUUCAAUACAGGGAAUUUGUGGAACAGCAGAAAGCAAGGAAAAUUGAGAUUGUCAGUCAGAUUUUGAAAGAAGAUGCUCAGAUGGAGAAAGUGAAGAAGCAGUCGUGCCCACAGACCCUGAAGAGCCAGGAUAAGCUUUCUGACGCUGUAAAAUGGCGCAUGAAAACAUGGCAGUACAUCAAGAAAGCAUGUGAUGAUGCAGUGCCCACUGUUCCACAGGUAAACAGAAGUGUAGCUAGCCUUUGAAACUAAGGUGGGGAAGUUUUUUCAGCGCAAGGGCCACAUUCACUUCAGGUCAACUUUCCGAGGGCCUGAUGCCAGUGGUGGGCAGGGCUAGAGGUGAAAGGGGGUAGAGCAACAAAUGCAAUUUUUUACCUUUAUACAUUAAUCUAGUUUCUACAGGAAAAAAAUCACUUCUUUAUCCUCCUUUCAGACAAGCGGUAGGCAUUGUCUGGGUUCUCCAGCCAGGCAAACAUUUGAGGUGCUCAACAAGGGCCAAUGAGGGCUGUGGUCUGUGGAGAGUUCUGAGGGUCAGACAGACAAACCUGGAGGGCGGCAUUCACUCCCCACACCAGGCCUAAGGUUUCCCACUUCUGUCUUUAAGGGCUGAUAAAUCAGUGGUAUGGCUGUCCUAGCUUGAAAUGCCUGGAGUUCCUUCCUUUGUCGGGAUAAAGGUAAAGGGACCCCUGACCGUUAGGUCCAGUCGCAGACGACUCUGGGGUUGCAGCGCUCAUCUCGCUUUAUUGGCCUAGGGAGCUGGCGUACAGCUUCUGGGUCAUGUGGCCAGCAUUACUAAGCUGCUUCUGGCGAACCAGAGCAGUGCACGGAAACGCCGUUUACCUUCCCGCCAGAGCGGUACCUAUUUAUCUACUUGCACUUUGAUGUGCUUUCGAACUGCUAGCUUGGCAGGAGCAGGGACCGAGGAACGGGAGCUCACCCUUUGGCGGGGAUUCGAAAUACCGUCCUUCUGAUCGGCAAGUCCUAGGCUCUAUGGUUUAACCCACAGCGCCACCCGCGUCCCUUUGGUUUGGAGAGGGGUAGGUAAAUAGUACCAGACCUGUAGGGCUCCUGGUUCAGUGAUAUUGCCACUUGGGCUCCUUUGGGAGGAAGGGCUCGAUAGAAAGUUAAUAAUUAAUAAAUAUGAAUCCAUUUAGGAAUUCACUGACGUAAGGUGUGUUGCUGAUGGCCACUAGUUUAGAUCCAGAUUGUAAAGAAUGCAGGAUCUGUUUUAAUUUUAGAAACAGCAGCUAUGUCUUGGUAGGGAAGAACAGACCUUAUAGAUUGGGACUGUGACCUCCACUGUUUCCACCCUAAAAAUCAACUCUUCAGAACUGCUGUUUGCCCCUUAAAUUUCCAUUUGUUGCAAUGACACCUUUGGAGAUAAAUGAUAGGAGGAGGGGGAAGGAUCACCCUCCUUCUUAUACACCACAAUCCUGAUCCAAGAUCCCUCCCACCACUCACUAUUUCUAGAAGAAAAACAAACCCUAGGGAAUGCAUAAUCUAGCUUGGGUCUUGGCAUCUAACUACAUGUGAUGUUAACAGUGUGAUUAGGAACAUCAGAUGCUGCUUUAUCAAGUCAGACUCAUUGGUCCGCCUAGCUCAGUAUUGUCUACACUGACUGGAAGCAGCACUCCAGGAUUUCAAGCAGAAUCUCUCCCAGCCCAAAGUUGUUGGUUGAGCUUUAUUUGCAAAAUCUAUUUUUAAAAAUGAAGUUUUUGAACUAUUUUUAAUAAAACACGCCAAAAUCAAUUAAUCAAUUAAUCAAGACUACCGGCAUUGGUUGCAAUACGUCUGGAUUUUCCUGGACAGUUCAGCGAUUUCCUCUGGACACUGCUUCUGACUGCAUUAUUCUGGCUAUGUCCAAGAAAUUCUGAACGCAUGGCAACCAUAGUCAAAUUAGACAAGUUAAUAAAAGGUGUAUAAAUGGCUGGCUAUUGGAAUUAAUAGCUAAGGAGAACUUCCUGGUUUGGUGAUACUAUUUCACCAAAUGCAAUUUGAUGCAGGGGUGCUAUUGCCUUAGUGCCCAUAGUCUGAGUUUCCUGGAAGCUUCUAAUUGCUCACUGUGGAAAGCCAGACUCCUGGACUAGUUUGGGCUGCUCGUGCUUUGAAAAGCAUGAUAUGUUGUUUUGUAAUAUUGUCAAGACUUCUAGAUCAUUUGCCAACAUAUAAAAUAAAAUGUAUCUCCAGCAUUUUCCUCUUAUGUAAUUUUAAUCAGUAAAAGUUUCAAGGUGUUUAGUCUGUUUCACCAGGGUAGCCAGGCAGUCACUCGUGUUUUUGUAUUGCAAUAGAAACAUUGGCGUUCUCCUUCACCUUGCGCCUCACUUGAUGACAGAAACUUACUUAUGGGAACAUCUCAAGAGAUGAUUGCAGAAACCAAAUACCGAGAGGAGGAGGAGGAGGAAGAAGAUGGGAACACCCGGGAUGAGACACUAGCAAAGCCAGAGUUUACGGGAAUUUGGAACCAAGAGUGCAGUGUGCCCCAGGUUCUUCAUGCUUUACUUACUUUUUUGUUUAUUUAUUUGGUAGGACCACACUAGAUCUCCUUCAGCAGAAGAGGUUCUGCUAAGAUAGGUUACUCCUUUGAUGUGGGUGGGUGUGGGUGCCCUAUCAGUCCUUGAAGAGUCUUAUCCUGUUGUUGUGAGAGACCCCACCCACUGCUAGAGAUGGGAGAAUUUGUCAAUUUUGGUUUCUCUCAGUUUCGCAUUUUUACUUUCAGUUCUCCACAUUUCCAUAUCAGUUUGCAUUUUUUAAAGUUUUUGUAAGAAUUUAUCAGCAUUUUUGUGUGCAUUUUCCUAACUAAGUUCUACUCAGAGUAAACUCAUUGAAAUUAGCAAACUUUAAUCAGCUGUGUCUAUUAACUUUAACAGGUCUACUCUAAGUAGGACUGGCAUUGGCUAUAACCCACACCUCAAUUUUGCCUAAUGUACUGAUUUUUGCAAAACAAUUUUCCCUAAUAUAAUGCAUUUUUGUAUGUUAUUUUGUUUGCACAAUUUAUCCUAGUAUAAGCAUUUUUCUGCUUAUUACUUUGCUGGAGAACGGCAUUGCAAAAUUCAGAGAACUGUGAAUCUCAAAGAAUGAUUGUGUUUCAGUUUGCUUAUUGCUUCAGGAAGUAGAGAUUAGAUAGCCUUUUAAAGCGUAUGGUGUGGAUAUGACCCAUUUGCAGGUUGCAUUAAACCAUAGUUUAAUUGAAUGGAGCAGGACAGAAAUUGUGUCUCCUUACAUCUCUGUGAAGCUGGCAAUCCCAAAGGACCAGUAUAUCAAUGAUUUUCAGCUUCCUAAUAUUAUGGGAUUGAUGCUUCUCUCAUGCCAUUUUCAAACUGGCUCCCCCUCGCCUCAGUUCUUGGAGAAGCGUUUGGUUUGCCAAAACUCUUGUUAGGAUUUUAAAGGAGCUGAAGUCUGGGACUAUUUUCAAAAGCGUUUCUUCUCCUAACUGGGGGGGGGGGGGCGAGAUAUCUGGCUUAGUCUUGCCUCAGAGAUUUGUGAAGACACAUAUCACUUCAUGUUUGCUGGCUUGUUUGACUGUUGCGACUGAACAUGACAUUCUGUUGAGUUGGUGAUGGAGAUGAUUUCAUGUGGAAAAAAGAAAUCCCUUUUCACCCUGCGCUUGAAACAACAGAGCAACUCUUUAGAGCACUGCAGCAGUGUUAAAGGCUUGGAAGACAAAUGAAUAAUGUACAUUCACAAAGUGGAAACCUCUGUUUCACUCUGUUGCCAAGAUCCUUUGUGUUCUGUUCUCCAGUGGCUUUUGGGAGACAACUGUGGGCCAAACUCUGGCCCAGUUUGCACAUUGUGGCAAACCAUAGUUUAUAGUGGUUUACAAUGAUAGGGCCUUUUGAAAAUGUGUCUCCUCAGUAGUGUAUGGAUGGAACAUAUCACAAUCCCUGACUUAGGACGGUAUUUAGCUAAUGAGUACUAUCAGCAGAAGCUCAUGCAACGGCUUUUGCUUGUGCAACAGGGAUCCCCCCUGUGCCCCCCUCCAUGAUGGAGAGGUUGUAGUAACCCCAAAAAGGCUACAGGGGAGGAGGGGAAUUGUUCCUCUUCAUGGUUUCAUUGAUGGUUCAAUCAGAAGGGUACACUGUUGAAUUCUGCCCCUAGUGGUAUGUCUGAACCAGGGAUUGUAGUUUUGUUUCUAUGCUGUACUCUGGUGUGCAAGCAAGGCCAUUAUGUGAUCCAGAAGAUCAGCCAGGAAGAUUUGUCACAUUUAAUUAAAAAAAAAAAAUGACAGAAAUUCUUCUCACAAUUUGAAUUCCUAAUGCUUUCCACAUCAUUUUCUCAGUUUACAAUCAUGGUAUUUGAAGCUGGAGUGGGCGAGAGGCUGGGCUCCUGUAUGUUUCACCCAAUGGGACAAUUAGCAACUUUAGGGAAUGAGUUUAACCUUCUCUUCCCAGUGCUGUGGGCCUCUCUGCAACUGUUAACUAAAGCCCUGCAAAUAAUGAAUAGACUUAGCAAAAAAGAAAAAAAGGGGGGGAAAUAUUCCCAUUUUUUAAAUAACCUAAUCAUAUAUCUCCUGUCCGCUAUGGUUUCACACUGUUCAGAUGCCAGAUGUCGGUUUAGACUCCAAACCUGUUGGUGCAUCUAAACUGGAAAAGGAGAUAUUUUCUCAAAACUUGGAGAAGCUGCAUAGUGGAAUUAUUCGCAAACAUAAAGUCUGUGGACUUGAAUUUAGGGGGUGUCCUUUCUAUAGCAAGCCAAGCCUCAUUCACUUUAAGGUUAGUAUGGGGUUUCCGUGGGGGUGGGGGAUAGAUCAGGGCCUGGGGUGGGGUUUUUUUGUGUUUUUUUAAAAAAUAAACAACUUUGAGUUUUCAGCUCUGGAAAGAAUAGAAAAUGAUGAUGAUUAUGUUUCCAUCCCACCCUUCCUCCAUUGAUCUCAGAGCAGUGUACACAGUCCAUUUUAUCCCUGCAACAACCCUUUGAGGUAGGUGAGACUGAAGGCAGGGGGAGAGAAAGUGAGACACUGACCCAUGGUCAAACAAGAAGCAUCAUGGUUGAGUGGGUGAUUUAGUCCAGCACUGCAACAACUGGACUGUACUUACUCUCCAAUUCUUCAUCUAUUCAUCUAAGAAAUCUUAGCUGAUUAAUCAAUAUCACAUAGGAAUAGCUUUCCAUGCUGCAUGCAUAUUUCUUUAUUUGUGUGGAGCAAUGUCUAUAUAUAUAUAUAUAUAUAUAUAUAUAUAUAUAUAUAUAUAUAUAUACACACACAUAUACAUACACACAUACAUACACACACACACACACACACACACACACACACACAGCAUCGUACUUAAAGAAAGGGGAAACAUAAGGCUCUGAUAUUUCAAAAGGUAUGCAACAGAUUGACUCAAAGAUAUUUAAGACACUUACAACAUAUUGUGCAUUCUUUUUUAGGUUCAUUCCAAAGAUAGGGAGCAUAUGCCUCUCCAGAUGUUGCUGGACUACAUAUCCCAUGAUCCCUGCGUAUUGGCCAUGCUGGUGGGAAUUGCAAUCCAACAACACCUGGAAAGUCAUAGGUUCCUCCACCCUGACCUAUGGCUGUUCAUAUAUUUAAAAAUAAAUUUUAAAUAGAUCUUGAGCCUAACUGUUCUUUUUUAGCCAAUUAGGUUGCUUGUAAUUGAUGUAUUUCGUAGAUUAAUCAAUUGCAGAAUGUCCCUGUUUGAUGGAACUAUGAAUUACGGCUACAAUUCCAUACCUGGGAGUAAGCACUAUUGAUUACUAUGGGACUUUAUUUAAAUAAAUAUUCACAGGUUUGCACUAUAACACAAAGAUAGUAAUUUCGUUGUCCCCGAAGGGGGCAAUGACAAUAAAGAUAUUAUUAUUAUUAUAGUGAACCUGUGGCCUUCUAGGUAUUGUUGAACCACCUCUUCUAUCAUCCUUGACCAUUGCCUAUGCUGGCUAGAGCUCAUGGCACUUAGAGUCCAACAGCACCUGGAGGGCCACAAGUUAGCCACCAUUGUAGGCAGUCUUAGAAGGGGUGUUCCCUUGUGUGUGAAAGAAGGGGAAUGCUUCUUCUAAGAUGGUGCAUGCUACCUCCCUUUGUUAGCUUUUGUAUUACAAUUGUUUUUAAAAAUAAAAGUACACUGCCAAAUUAAUCCUUGUUGGAAUCUAAAGAACAAUUUAUAAUCAACAAUACAAUCCUAUACAUGCCUACUCAGAAGUAAGUUCAAUAGAAUUCAGCCAAUGGCCUUUUGAUUGCCCUGACUCUUGUGUGAUAUGAGGGCAGCUCAGCCAAUCACAGUCAAUGACGUUUCUAUCCACCACAAAAUCUCUUAGUGUGUUAGAAUACCACAUGUUUUAAUUCUUUCCAGGACUUUGACAUUGGUAAAACUUAUAAAAAGAAGAUGAUUUUGAUCAAUGCUUUCUAUAGCAUUAACUACUGCAAGCUGGUGGGAGUCAGUGAACACCUCAAGGAUUUUUUUACAGUUCAGUAAGUACAUUUGGUUGGAUUUUUGCUUCUUCUGGGACUGGGGGUGCAGGGGAGGUGGAAAAGAAAAUGAGCAGUGGCACUUGUUAGACCUUACAGCUUCCUUGUUGGAUGCUUCAGCCACUGCUAACUUUUCUGAAGGCCAGCAAUGCAGCAAAUGACCAUGGUAGUAAAGAAACAGGAUUUUCCACUACUGCAGAAGUGGGGAACCUUUGGUCUUCCAACUACAUCUCUCAUCAGCAUGGCCAAUAGUCAAGGCUAAUGGGAUUCAGGAGUGGUAGGCCAACACCAUAUGGUUGGUCAACGGUUCUCACAGUCUGUGGGUUCCCUGGGUCCUAGCUUCCCCUUGUCAUCUCCUGUGACAGAGAUGGAAGAAGUUUUGGCCCUUCCUCCCCAAGAUGUUAUGGGACCCAACUCCCAUCAGCCUUAGUAGCAUGUCCAGUGGCCAGAUAUGCUGGGAGCUAGAGUCCAGCAACACCUGUAGAGCCACAAGUCCCUGGUCAUUGUAUGUGAGGAACCUUUGGUCCCCAGAUGUUGCUGAACUGCAACUCCCAGCAGGCAUGGCCAGUGGCCAGGGAUGGUGGCAGUUGGAGUCCAGCCACACCUGGAGAGACACAGGACACCUGCAUUGUUCUAUGGAAGAAGCCCAGAAUUUACUUCUGAACAAACAUGUUUAGGAUUGUAUUUUAAUCAGGGAUGCGGGACCCACAACCCUCCAGAAGUGGUCGGAUUAUAACUACCAUGAAUUUCAGCCAGUAUGAGCAAUGAACAGGAAUGAUGAGCAUUUCAGUCCAACUACAUGGCGUGCAUGUUGCCAAUCCCUGUUUUACAGGGUACCAUUCAUGAAGCUUGAUUUAUUUCGUUUGGUACCUGAUACUUAAGAACAUAAUGUUGAUUUGCAAAUUCAUAUGGUGAAAGCACAACUUUAUUCCUGUGUCGGCACAUAUUAAGCAAGCACGUGGGUAGCGUUUUCGACUCUACAUCCUCUUCUCGACAAAGAUUACAUGCUGCAGCAGAUUUGCUGCUAGGGGUGGCUCUUGGAAAGAAAAGAUCUGUGUGGAUUGAACUCGGGCUCUCUAAUACUCUCAUCUCAAGUUGAAAGCUGUAAAUUAGCAGCUUAUUACAGUGACCGGUUUUAGCCAAGUGUUCAGAAAUUAUGCUGUAAAUCAAAUGGCAACUUGACAUCUUACUUUCAUGUCAUCCUUUUAAGAGUCCCAAUCAGGGAUUGGCUUGCCAGGCUGGAUUAUUCCCCCCCACCCUGGAAGCAUGAAACUCUACCUUCGCAUGCUUAAAAAUAGCUACAGUAGUUGUGUGUCAUGUGACAGAGCUCUCUCUUCUUAUGCUAAAGGUGCACAGCACUGUUACACUGGUGUGUCAAUUAUCAAAUAUCAAAUUCAGGGCAAUAAUAAUGAUAAAUACUUGAAAUGUAUAGAAUCAAGAGUCCAAUGUAUGUUGCAUACCACCACUGCAUGUGACCCAUAGUUAAUGGUGUAUAAAGCUAGUUUUGCCCACUUUGUGUCCCUGCCUCAAAAACCCCCAGGAAAAACUUAAAAAAGAACCCUGGUUUAGCGUUAUGCUUGAAUCAGGGAUUAUGGUUUGUUUUGUUCCAAAGAAAUCAUAAUUUGUAGCCAUGGUUUGUACUUGGCUUACCGCUUUUGGUUUGCUUAUUUGUUUAUUUAAAUUUAACAAGAAAAAAAGAAAAAGAUGAAAUAAAAUUAAAGAAGGAGAAGAGAAAAAAACAUAAUAAUAAUGAUACAUAAAAAUACUAUCAAGAAUACUGCUAAUAAUAGACCACCAUCAGUUCACAUUGUGAAUAACAGUGAUCAACUCAUCUGUUCAUGAAUCUUAAAUUAAGCAUAUAGAUUAAUAUAAGACUUCCAGAUGGCCAGAUAGGUAUGCAUAUGAGAUUGAGACUGAUAAGAAAUAUAUCUGAAUGUAGCCAGGAUUUUAUUGAGAACCACCACCCAAGAUGUGAAGUAAAACAUGUACAUCUUUUGAAAAUUGCAGAGCAGUUCUUCAGCCCAGUGAUGUGUGUAGAAAGGCACAUACCAGGGUAAAGUGUGCAUAAAAUGUAUAUAUUAGGGAAAAUAGCAGGCAAAAUGCAUUCUAUUAGGAAAAGUUGUUUUGAAAAAAUGUUUUUAUUAGGAAAAAUUUACUGAUAAUUUUAAUGAGAAUUUUAAAAAUAAAUGCAAACAGGUGUUGAAAUAUGGGGAACUGAAUUUGAGAUUGGAAAAAUGAGAAACUAAAAUGGACAGAUUCACCUGUCCCUAACUUAUUUUUAAGACUAUUUCUCUUUUAUUUUAAUAAGGAUUGUAAAAGAAACCAUUAAACCUGUUGUUCCCUUUGAAUAGUGAAUAAUAAUCUCUCAAAGAGCAAAUGUAUUAAAGUAGGUCUCGGAAAGGCCUCUGUACUGAAGUUUCAGUAAUUUUCAAAAUAUAUGCGAAUUUUAAAGACCUGUCAGUUAAUUUGGAAAAUGACAGCUGAUUCAUUUCAAAAAAACCUUGAUUGAUUAAAAUGAUUUUAGUCACAUAUUUUGCUUGCUGCUGUUACAAGAACAGCACAAAUAAGUCAAUCAAAUGGUCAUCUAAUUCUGUCUUUCAUUUCCCACUGCAGCUUUGAUCCUCCGGGCCCAAUGUCUUCUGGAAUGUCUUGCGAAGUAGGGGUGACCUUUAAACCUAUGGUAGGCGUGCCAUGCAGUCAUCCUGAUUAAAUGGCAUUUGCAAAUUUCAUGAUAGCAAAAGGAUUAAGUGAAGAGUCACACAAGGUUGAUCUGCUUUUUGCAAACCGUGAAAUUCCAUCAUUCUGUUUUAUAACUGUACCAGUCAUAGAGAGCUGACAUUUUGAAAUGCUUCCUUCUUGAACUGAGGAAAAAUUAGGAGUGUAGAAAGCUGUUUUCCCCCCAGGGCAGAGUAUUUUUCUGCCCCAGUGUUGGCCACUCUGAAUGACUGUAGCCCUUCAGGAUUCCAGGUUGAUUUCAGGUUGACUUGCAUAAUAGAUAUAAAACAGUAUGAAGUAAUAGCAAUUAAAAAAACAGCCCGAUUAAACAGUGUGUAAGUAAACAGUAGCACAGUUGCCAAUAAGAAGGGCUGGUGGACAGUUGAUACUAAUUAUGGUUAAAAGCUUAUGCAAAUAGGACUGAUUUUUUUUUUUUUUAAAUCACAGUAAUAGUGCUGGGUGAAUCUGCCUUAAUUCCAGAGCUAGGGCUAUAUAUGGAAAUACUGUAAUACUUGCUGUUAUCCUACAAAAUGUUGCACACUUUUUAUUAACUCCUUAAAUAGUCUAAAGCAAUGCUUAAUUUACUGACAGGUAUAACUAGAUUCUGAAGAGCAAUUUUUGUUUCCUUUUUAGAUAAACCAGGAUCUUGAAGGAGAAGUCACAUUUUUAUCUCAGAUCGGCUCCUUCUCAAUCCCACUCAAGUGUUCAACCAAGAAGUGUGUGGUGAGUCCAAUAACUAUCCUUGAAUCUUUGGAUGAGACAGCCCUGUUUCAGGAAAUAGGAAUGAAAGUAAAUAUAUUAGCAAGUAGAGGAAGGGAAACUGGUUGCAUUCUCUCUCCUUUUUAAUGCAGCAAAUCCACACACCAUUUAUUCUGGAGUAAACACAAUUUCUGCAUAUGUUUUGAUGACUUUUCUGUGGAACUGCAACCCAAGUCACUUGUGACUUGCCUGUUGUGCACAGUUUUAAAAUGCUGAAGUAGUAAAAGCAACACUUAACAUUUUGUAUAGCAAUUUACAGGUGUUCCAAGUACCUUAAAUUCAUGAUCCAGUUGCAGCAAAGGUUGGUAGCUACUGGUACUGUUAGGGCAGAAGACAGCCAACAGUAGGCGGAACCAGAGUGAAGACUGGCAGAGCCAGUUCAUUCAUUGGCACCUUCCUCCAAGGAGCUGAAUGUCCCCUCACAGGACCCCGUCCUGAGGUGCAGGAAGCACAACAAGCAAGACGCUUUGGGACAGAGGAGGGGUGCCCAUCUUCCAACCAGAGGGCUGGCCCACUAAGAACCUAAAGUUAUCCACAAAGUGGGGGGCAGAGCCCAGGAAAGGUAGUGUGGGGGCAUAGUCUUAAAAAGGUUGAAUCUGCUGUUAAGCUUUAUUGGAGCAAGUUGUUUCCUUGGUGCAAGAAUUCAAGAUUUCAUCUAACUUAAGAGGGAGGAGAUAUAUCUGGCCUUAAGAAGAAUUUGACCAGUCCCAAGCCCUGGCUGUGGCUGAGCUGGUGGUGACCACAGGGUUGUAGAGCACCACUGUUGCUCAGCUUCAGGAGGGGAUGAAGUGGAACACUUGGGCUGCUCUGUCUUGAGGGUGCCCACCAGUUGCCAAGCCCAGUACCGUCUCCUGGUAUGAUUUCCUGAAGUCUGAGGCUUGCGUUCCAGAAUGCUUGACUCCACCUCCCCUCCCCUUAUUAGCUUCCUUUAAGUAAGCUGCUGCCUUGCAACUCUAAUCAGGUCAGCAUAGCAGCACUCCAAAGCGGGAACAGCUGUUGUCUCCAUAGCUACAAUGAGAGGAGCCUUGGCACUCCUACACACACCAGUCUGUUGGUAUGGAGAAUGUUCCAAGUGGGAGACCAUGGAGUAACAGAGAAGUGCCCAUUUUCAGCUGAUAGGUUUGGCUCUUUAAGAGUCUCUAGUUCUCCAACAAAGAGGGUGGAGCAUAGGAGAGGCGGACAGGAGACAGAAGCUCAGAAGGCCUCAGUUCACCACCGCCUCUGUUGAAGCAAGUGUUGGUGGCAAGGGGGGGGGGAGCAUAAAAGGAGAAUUUCCUCGAUGCCAAGAUCCAGGUUUGGGGCAAGUACUCUUUGGUGAGAAAACCCCAGCAGAUAUUUAAAAUCACAAAAUAUGAAACAUAGGAAAGCAUGGAAAUGUAAGCUGUUAGACCUUUAAAAUAUGCUCUUCUCAGUUCCUACCAAAGUUCCCCUCUUCCACUAGCAUAGGAAAAGGUCACACGCUUUAAAAAUGUUCUACUUAUGAACUCUUCAAAGGUCAGAUUCAUGUGCUUUUACCAUACAGCAAUCAGAAAAAGUUGCACAGGCAUUAAAACCUGGCUUAGUUACAGUGGUGAAAGUUCUUAAAUUAUUGGUACAGGAACUCAAGAGAGGCUUGUUAGAGCCAUAUUGUUAGAGCUUGGAGCAACCAGCUCAUACCUCUUUAGGUAUGCCAGAGGCCUGGCAGGACAGCUUACUCUAUGGCAUUAACCCCUCACUAAUCAGACUCAAGAACCUUGCCCAAGAAGGAGAGACCGGCAAUUGGCUGAUAAUUACCGUAUUUUUCCGUCUAUAAGAGGCUCCCAUAUAUAAGAUGCCCCCUGUUUGGGGGGACUCAGAUUUAAGAAAAUGGGGGGAGAUGGCCCCGUGUAUAAGACGCCCCCUAAUUUUUGACAUUAUUUUUUAGGAAAAAACCUAGUCCUAUACACAGAAAAAUAUGGUACUUAGAUUUUCUGAAUCCAGGGAGGGUUUCCUGAGGAGUGCUUUUACCACUGCCUCCUUCAAGCAGGCAGGUAUCACCUCCCUCAUCCAUCUGGCUGUCCCUUCCCUGCUAGUUUUAUCAACCAAGAGGGGCAAUGGUCCAGAGCACAAGUGGUUGCUCUGACCAAUCCAAGCAGCUUGUCCGCAUCCUCAAGCCGUAUUGUUUAACUUCAUCCAACAUGACUAGACUAUCUGCUUUAAGAGUGGAGUCAAGGUCCAAGCAGAUGCAGUUGAUUAUAUCCUCAAAAUGCUUAGCAAACAAGUCACAGCAAACUACUGUUGGUUUUGUCACCUCCUUUGGGCCAGACUUUAAAAGGACCCGGACUACCUGGAAAAGCUCUGCUGAACAGCACAGUGAGGAUGCAAUGGAGGCAGCAAAGUAUGCCUUCUUUUCUGUCUUCACUGCCACUAGGUUGGCUCGAUGAUGAGUCCUCACCAGUGUUUGACUUCAUUCGACUGGAGUUUUCCUCCACUCACAUUCAAGCCGUCUCCCUUGAAAAGGGCCUGAAAAGAAUUGACUUUAAAGCCUUCAGAGCAGGGGAAACCACUCUUGACCUGGCAGUGAAAGGAGUAUGUUGUAAAACCUGACAUUCCACACAAUUGGUGCUAUUACUGAAAGGGACCUGCUUUGUAUAGCGCCACUUGGAGGAAAGCCUCAGAAAAACUGCAGAGAACAAGCACACAGAAGUUCUCUGUUUUAAAUUUUAAAUAAUAUGUAUUGCUAUAGUGUUUUUUCUUUUUAAGACUACAGGUGCCAGUGCUGCAAAAACACAUGUAGGUGGUUCCAUUUAAAAGUGCACUUGAGUAUAAUACUCAAAGACAACAACUUCAGAGAAUUUGUUCCUAAAAUUAGCUGUGCAGUGGAAAACAACAGCAUCUUGAAAUCUAACCAACAGCCUACAAUAAAAGUUUAUGAACCUUUUGUUUGUUUGUUUAUUUAUUUAUUGCUGAUACAUUGUUGGGAGCCUUUCAAGAAUUUUAUCAAGCAGCUAUUUGAGGGGAAAAGACGUCAACGCAUUAUUUUUAGGCAUCGGAUGCACAGUUCCAUCAAGGACAGUCGCUCUUAUUAAACAUAGAUGCUUAAACAAGCUCCUUGUACAACCAAGGACAUGAUUAGUUCCACGACAUGUGCUUGCUAUCAAGGCAUUGCAAGGUAGCAGCAUUUUAAUUCUUCAAAGGCAAAUUGUGGGAAACCAGCAAAGGGGCAAGGAGCUCAAAGUGGUGCACAUGUUUCUAUUCCACCCCAUUUUAAUCUCUGUAACAACCCUGUGAGGUAGGUUAGGCUGAGUCUAUGUAGUGCAUUGCUGCUUGUUCCUUCCGCAGACACGCCUCAAUUCUGAGCCUUCCUACUAGUUUUGCUGAGUGGGCCUCUGUCCCAAAGACAAGCCUGUUAGUGCAUCACUGCACCCAAGGCCUCAAGUUGAUAGGAUCAGUCUGAUGUGUGUUCCAGUGUAAAUGUGUUCUGUGCUACUUUCUGACCACAGAAGGACCUCAGGACUAUUCAAGAGUUUGCAGUUAGACAGCCAUCUCGGAGGACAAUGUUAGCAAAUGGCCACUGUGAGAAAAGGGUUGUCAUAAUCCAGCAGGGCUCUCCUUAUGCAUUUAGGAUUUUGUGUUUUGUGUGUGUGUGUGUUUCCCUUAUCAGGGAUGUUUCAUAAAUAAUUUCUUUCCCAUCAAAUAAACCAUGACAAGUAUUCAACGCUUGGGCGAGAAUCACUUCUUGCUGGCUCUCCAUGGCAAUCCGCAUUGCCAAGUUUAGAAAUGUGCCCCCUGACUUAGCAGCAAAUUGGCAGGAAAUGAAUUGCUUAAUAAAUCGGUUAGCUGGAUCUCUUAUUUGUCACUAAAUGUCAAAACUGAGCAGCACAACAAACAUGCCUAAAUACUAAAAUAGCUGAAUUAUGAAUAUAGUUAAUGCCCCAUCCCAGAAGGCGUAUCACUGAGGCAGCAGCUCGGAGGAUGAAGUAUUGGGGACAAGUAGCAGACCUGAUAUCCAAAUACAAAGUUGAUAAAAAAGCAUUAUCUUCACUGUACCGUGGAGGGUGCUGUAAUAUUCUGUCCUAUGCUCACCAAAUGGAUAGAAACAUUUGUAUGAAUGUACAGUUGUGGAAUGUAGAAGUAAUUAGUGCAGGAUGGGUUCAUCAUACUAGAGGGGUCCUGUAACCUCAGUGGGUGAUAGAGUGUUAAUAUUCAUAUUCGAUAAAUGAUUCAGUGAGUUGUUCAUUUACAUAGAAAAGCCUCCUCUAACUUGAUUUACCUAGUAGAAGCAUUGAUUUAAUUUAGAGAUUAAACUUUGACUUGUGCUUUUAUCAAGAUUUAGUAUUAACCCAAUUGUAUAUGAGAGAUGUUGGGUUGUAUCCUAGUAAGUCCUUCUCAGAGUAGACUCGCUGAACUUAAACUUGCCUUAAUCCUGGCUCUGAGUAGGACGAACACUGAGUGCAAUCUGUAGUAUUUAGAUGGGUGUUUUUUUAAUGAUUUACAUUCUUUAUAAUUUGAUUUCAUUUUUCUUUUUGUAAAAAAAUAAUAUAAAAAUCAUUGAUUUAUAAAUCUGCUGCAGCUUCCAUGCAACAGCCAAGGGGAAAAGAUCCCACUGUGACAUUGCCUUUUGAAGCGGCAAUAAGGAUUUUAAGGUCUUGUGCUUGAAAUGGUAGCCGUUCAUUUAACUGACAUUACUGCCUAUCUAGGACAGUAGUAAUUAUGUUUCCUCCCUCUCUCCCUCUCUUUUCAGCUGGCACUAGAUAAAGAGCUCAUUGACUUUGGCACUCAUGUGGUGGGAGAGACAAUUUCACGGACCAUCACCUUGACGAACUGUGGCGCCUUGGGAACAAGAUUCCAGCUCCGCAAAGCAGCUGACACUACACACACUGCAAUGGGGCAACAUACUGUGACUGCACCACCUUCCAUCGACAAAGCAGUCUUUGUAAGCCUUCCUCAGUUGAGAGCUCUAAGCGGCAUAGAUCGGCAUAUCUCAAACUAGUCAUUGAUAGGUGCUCCUUUCCCAGAGAGAUCUGAUUGUCAUUUCCCUUAAGCCUGCUUGGAAUCAGGAAUCCUUUCCUGAUGAGUUUGCAAUUCAGAGUUUCUUCUCUAUUCCUUUUGCUCUGGAUUGGCUUCCUAAUAGGAUCCAAGAGUCUAGCCCAGUUGUUAUUUCUCCCCAGCCUAAAGUUGCUACUAGAAAUAUGAAAACUUAAAGCAAAAUUAAUGAUUGCUUUUCAGGCAAGACUGUUAAGGAAAGAAAGAAAGCAUUCUGAUAAGAUUUCUUGUGGGAUGGGGUGGGGUACAGACUGAAUAUAGGGAUAGAGGAGAAACAUAUUUUGUUUGCAUUUUAAUAGAAACAUACCAAACUUCCUGAACCAUUCAUCAAAGUGAAUUAUCGCUUGAAAAUUUGCACUGCUUUCAAUUUUUGGUGCAUCCGCCCAACAAAAAAAUGUUUACAAAAAAGCACAAAAAUGUCCAUAUUGUGGAAAAUGACGUACAAAACCACAUUAUGUUGAGGGAAUUGGUCUGCAAAAAUUGCUUGUAUGUAGCAAAUGCAUACAAACUUUGUGCAAACUUUUAAAAAAAUUAGCAAACUCAGGAAAUGGGGGCAGCUGACCUGAAUUGCGAAAAUGAGAAACUGAAAUGAACAAAUUUCUCUGCCCCAAACUGCACAUGCCUUUUUUGUUACUGUUUUAUCGAAUCAAGGUGUGUGUUUUUCCCAGGAACCUUUUUUGGGAUAAGCCAGUGAACGUUUUGAUGACUAACUUAAAUGGAGCAGAGAGCAGGCAGUUACCACAACCAUAAACAUCAAGCCCCUUAAUCAUUAUGAGCACUAUGAGCCCUCUUUCAUUUUGGAACAAAUGAAAAAUUUCUCUAAACUGAGACUCCUACGUUCCCCAUUUGUGCCAUUCAGAGAUUAGGGCAGUUUACUUUACUCUAGUAUGGCAGCAACACUGAGGUCAGUGGCUGCUUCUGCUCAUUGACCAUAUAUUCCUCCAGAGUUUCCUGGCUAUUAUGUUGUUCAAGAGUAUUUGUCUCCCCCCCCUCCAAAAAAUACCCUGGUAUUAUGCAAUAUAUGGUGCAGUGUUUGAGGGGAAAUGGCCCUGGAACUCAUGAUACAGAAGGCAAGGUUUUAUAUAGCACUGAUAUUUCCUUUCAUAUUCUCUGUGGAGGCCACCCUACCAAGCUCAGUCUUCGUCAGCCAGUCCCCACCUGCCUGCCUCUUUACAUACCUGCCUCUUAUCUUUUAUAUCUCUUAUCUUCUAUCAUAUAUAGCUUACAUACCUCUUAUCUCUCAUCUCUCUUAUCUCUUAUAUAUUCUUAUUUCUUAUCUUUUAUAUUAUCAUUUUCCUUGCUUAUCUGUUAUCUAUCUCUUGUCUAUAUUAUCUCUUAUCUAUUUUUCAAUCUCUUAUCAUGAUGACUGUGUUCCACCCCCUCUGUUAGAGGCAGCCUGUCUCUGGGAAUCGCAAGUGGGGAAAGUGCUGCUGUGCUCAAGUCCUGCUUGCAUAUUUUCCAUAAGACAGGCACGUCCAACAGGUAACAUCAUUGGAUGUCUGUGGUAGAUCAAAAAGGGGGUAGAUCACUGCCAGUCUUUAACUGUGAGUAGAUCGCAGUCUCUGGGGAGUUGGCCACAUUGUUGUCACAUUUGUGGGAUAGUCUCUAGGUUGUCUAUUUGCAUAGUUAAUAUGCCAUAAGAUGUCUGUUUGGCCAGUGUGAGAACAGGAUGUUGGACUAGAUGAGUCACUGGCCACUGGCCUGAUCAAGCAGGUUUUUCUGGUGUUCUUAUGUGGAUGGUCCUGUUCUGUGGCUACUGAUAGUUUUUUCCCUUCAGAAUCAAAAGGCUGAGUAGCUGUCCAGGAAAUAGCCCUAUAUGGAGCCAGACUGAUCAGAUACUGUGUUGGGAGUCAGUGUGGUGUAAUGGUUAGAGAGUCAGACUAGAAGCUGGUGAGACCAGGGUUCAAAUCCCUACUCAACCAUAAAGCUUACUGAUCAUUUGUUCAUUAUUUUUAUUUGAUUUAUGCUGUAUUUGUGAUAUUCUAUUAUGUUACUGUUAUUUAUUGUUUGUAAGCGGCUUUGAGAUUUAUCUGAAUGAAAAGCAGGAUAUAAAUACGAUAAAUCAAAUCUUAGUCCAUCUGAAAAUAAUUGGAAUUCGUAAACCCGAGAGCUUUUUGUAUAUCUCCCAAUUAGGUUUGUGCCCCUGUGGUCGAAACAACAACUGGGAAUAAGAAAGACAGCAACUUUAGUAUGGGGCGCUUCACUGGCGACAAGGAAACGGUUUCUCUUAACCGCUCUGAAGAGGUUAUUCACCACACCCCUCUGCCUGACAAUUUUGGUAAGGUUUCUGGUUUAAGUGAUUUAAGGUAAAUUCCAAGAGUGUAAGUAAAAGUAGAAGUAGAAAAAAAUCUCUUGCAGAUACUAUUCGUGCCUGGUUUGUUUUUGUUUUUAAAAAGCUUCCUUCAAAACUUGGCUUGUUCAAGAGUUCUGAAGAAAUCAAAAUCAUGCUCGCCAUUUUGUGACAUUUGGGUUAGCUGCCUAGUAACAUUAUUACCCUACUAUGGAUUUUGGAUUCCCACCCCCCCAUCUGCAUGGACUUGCAAGGAGAGAGAAUGAUAGCUUGGAAAAGGUGCUAAAACAGUGGUGGGGAAUCCUUUUCAGCCCAAGGACAGCAUUCCUAACCUUCUGGGGUCACUUGGUCCUCUAAUGACAAUUAUCCAAGAGCACCUCAAGGUGCAUAUUCCUGCAACCCUGUCCUGAGCAGGCAAUGGCAGUUUCCCCUCAAGUACAAAACCUCCAAGGAUUUCUUCCCACGGAUACAGAAUCCUUAUCAUUGUUCUCCUUGAAAUUAUCUGAAACACCCACCUCUCAAAAAGCGAGAACCAUGUGACAAGUUUAUUUUUACAACCUGCAAUUUUAUGAACAAAGUGACACAACGAUAAAUUGCGUAAGUUUCUCUCCCCAGCUUUUAAAUGUUUCAAAAGCGUCAUCAAGUUUAUUUAUUUUGGAGAAAAUAAAGCCAUUCAGUUUGGAAAUAUUUGCUCCCCCAUUUUUUGUCCUUAUCAAAUGCUGCCUGUGCCACAGUUGCCCUGCUGUGCUGCUUUUCAACAAAACUCUAGCCUGUGGGCUUUGAACUGUACAGCUAAAACAAGUUGCCAGUGCAAUACAGCAGUGGCGGCUGGUGCCUGUUGGGACUGGUAGGGCAGAAGGCAGGGAGACCCAACAGUAGGCAAAGCCAGAUCCAAUCACAGACACAGCAAAGACCAGUGACAGGCAGAGCCAAGUAAUAAUUCCAAUUGUGUCCUUGGCCUCCUCCCAGCUGAAUUCCCUAGGGGAAAACUGUGAGACUAAGAGGAAGGAAGGUGAUGGACAAUGCCACUCCCAUGGACUGGCUUUAAGAAGGCAGGCACGUGGGGCCUGGCUGAGGGCAGACUGCGAUUGGCAGGGCAGUGCCCCAUUCACCCUAAUGAAUCAGUCUCCAGCGACCAUCAGGGUCCUGGACACAGCUGUAUUAGAAUGCCCAAUUCUGACUAGAAUCAUCUUGUUAUGUACUGAGUUGAAUAGGAUCCAAAAGGCAGCAGUCUGAUUGGUCCUAGAACAAUAGGAUUCAGAAUGCAGCAGUCUGAUUGGUCCUAGAACAAUAGGAUUCAGAAUGCAGCAGUCUGAUUGGUCCUGGAACAGUAGGGUCCAGAAUGCAGCAGUCUGAGUGGUCCACAGGAGCCACCCAAUGCAGCUCCAGGUGGAAGUGAAUCCGCAACCUGAUUGGCCUACAGGUGAAUCCCGGAAUUAGCCAAUCACGUGGGGCUCAUUGUGUAAAUAAUAUAUAUAAAGCAGACAUUCUGGGGGAACUUCCAUUCCUCCUCCUCACCACUAUGAGCUGAAUAAAGAGCAUGAAAUCCACACUCGACUCUGAAUAUAUUUCACAUCUGCUGCUACAGUUUCUUGCCACCCUUACCUCCCCUGCUUUCACCCUUUGGGCCCAAUCUAUUUGCAGGCCUGGAGAGGACAAGAAGUACUUUCACACCUUUAUAAUAUAUUUUUCAUUUGCUCACUAUCUCUCAUAACUCUUGCGGUGGUGAAAGCAAUGCGGGGUUGGGGGGGGGGGGCGACAGUAACUGCCACCUAUCCCAAUAGCUCACUCUCAUUUAUUGUUCAUGAAUGCUAGAAUGUUAACUGAGACAUUCUGCAAACACCAUAUAACACCUCUACUGAGAGGGCUUCACUGGUGGCCAAUACGCUACCAAAGACAGCGCAGCAUUUUGAUGUCAGCCCUACAUGACUUGGGACAGGUUGCCAAAGGGACCUCCUUGCCCCUUAGAUCGCUGCAACUAUGCUUUUCGUACACACUGGGAACUGGGCUUUUGGUGUUGCAGCACCAGCCCUUUGGAAGCAGUUUCUAGAAGUCAGAAAGGAACAGCUGGAGUAUUCUAUGAUAGCCAAGAGAAAUCACUCAUCCCAUCAACUUCCUGUACAAAACACCAAGAAGAAGCAAACAUGCUUUAGAUAAUUUUGCAGCGUUCAGGAGGCUGUUGGUUCUAGUAUCAUUGUCUGAAGAGUCAUGUUUUGUUUUAUAGCAGUGGUUGAGGAACCUAUGGCCCACCAGAUGUUUGACUCCAACUCCCACCAGCUCCUGCCACAAAUGGCUAAUAGGGGUGGUGGGAGUUUUAGUCUAGCAGUAUCUGGGGGACCACACAUGCUAUAUAAGAGGCAUGCAGAACCCCAACCCCGACCAGGAACAUAAGGAUGAUGGGAGUUGUAGUCCAACAGCAUCAAGAAAACCACAGGUUCUCCAACUCUGAACCAACCCUGACACUGCUUUUGUCAUCUGAGGCCAUUCUCGUGUACCCCUUCUCAGUGGUUGCUCCUGUUAGUGGAAUUUUCCCUCUAGGGAGGCACAGCUGGCACCAUCUGUUUUAGGCAGCAGGCAAAAGCACUCUUUUUCUCCCAGGCAUUUGGAUCUUCACUUUCUGCUAUUCUUUUAGUGAGUUGGGGUUGAGUUGGAUCUGCAUAUUAUAUAAUGUUAUUGGUGAACAGUUCAGGGUUUUUGUUUCCCCCCUUGUUUUUCCAAUUGUUUUCAAUGUCUGAUUUUAACAAGCCACUUUGAGUUCGAUUUUAGAGGCAGGAGGUGGAGACAAAUAAAUAAAUAUGGUUAAUAAUAUUACAGGGUUUCCUCAUUUGUCUACCUUUUAGAGCAACUUGAUAAUCUGGCUUCUGACACGGACAUCAUUGGGGAAAGCCUACAAGUCCUUUCAGCUGAGAGACCUCCGGGACAGCAGUCUAGGGAAGAAGUACUUGAGAUCACAGUGGGCAAGGUAAUGCAUUGAAAGAGAAACUGUAGUUGUAGCUUAACAAAGUCCUACCCAGAGUAGACCAAUUUGAAUUAAUGUACCUAAUUAGUCACACCUGUUAAUUUCAGUGAGUCUACUCUGGGUUGGACUAACAUGGGAUAUAACCCUGUGAGCUUAUUGGUGAAUGUAAAGGCUCUCCAAUACCCUAGAUGAGAUAUCUUCAUGUAGUUUUUUUUAUUUUAGUGGCACUUUCCCAUAGUGGACUGUGCCAAUAAGCAGCUCACAAUAAGAAAGGUUAUCUCAACAACUUGACCAAGGAAAAACAUUUUAAAAGCAGUUACAGUCAAAAUACAUUCUUAUAUCCAGUGAUCUUGGGGAUGCCAGAAACCGUGUCCUUCAGCCAAAUUCCUCCUGAAGCUUAAUAAUGAUGGAGACAGACACAUUUCACUAGGGAGAGUGUUUACCCCCCCACACACAGAAACCCUGGAAAUAGUAGCUUGUAAAGGGUACUGGGAAUUGUUGCUCUGUGGGGGUAAACUAGCGUUCCUAGGAUUCUUUGGGAAUGUGGGAAAUAUGCUUUAAAGGUAUGGUGCGUAUGCAACUUAAACAUGGAUGAGAAAAGAUGCAGAGUGAAAAUAAAAAGGAAGUGAAAGUAAGCAAUAACCACAAACCAUUUUUAGAAAGUUGAGCUGUCGUUACCCUUCAUUUUUGCUUAUUAUCCAGGUUUCUGAAGGUGAUAUCGGACCCUUCAGCUCUGUCAAACUUCAGAUUAUGUUCACCCCAGCAGUUCCUGGGGCUGUGCAGGCUGAUUUCAAGAUUACCUUUGACAACCCAGACUGCAAACCAGUGAGUAGUUAUUGCUCUGAGUCUUAUGUUUGCUUUUUGUGCUGGUGCUAGGAUGUGCUGUGGAAUGGAUGGAGGGCUUUUCAGCAUAAGGGCCACAUUUUCUCAUGGGGAACAUUGCUGAGUCCACAUUCCCAGAGUGGGUUUGGCCAGACACAUACUAGGCAAACAAAAAGUAUUAUCACACUUCAAAGAAACAUUCCAGCCAUGGAAUGCCAGUCACUAGGGGAGGGUGCAAAGCAAGGCUAGUGAGGGAUGUGGCCAGGGUAGGCAUGGCUCUAGAAGAAUUUGCUCAGGGUUUGAAACCCUCUUCUGGAAGGUCCAGAAGUGUACACCUGACAGGCCCACAUAUGCACCUAGCAGGUCUGGGAAGCUGGGUUGCUGCCAAACAGCAGUAAAACAUGCUUAGCAGUGGGGAAGUGGCAGGUGAAAAGAGCAGUAUAGGAAGCUGUCUUACAUCAAGCCAGGGCAUAUAGUGUCACAUUGUCAACACUGACUGGCAGGAGCUCUCCAUGGAGGAUUCUUUCCCAGCCCUGCCUGGAGAUGCCCAGGAGUCAAACUGGGACCUUCUGCCAAAAAAGGUGCUUAACUUGUCUCCCGCUGCCCAGCAUUCCCCACACCCCCAUCCUUGCAACAUCAUCUUAUAGUCCCCACAGGUGUUCUUUUCCCCUGAUGUGGCAAAGGCGCAUUCAGAAACCUGAGCAAGAAAAGGGGUUUUCAAGGAGUAAGCAUUAAGCAUCCAGCCACCUCUUCUCCAGGGCAAACAGCUGCAGUAUUGUAGCUGUUUGGCAGAGGCCUGGGGCCCCAGAUUAGGGCACUUUCAUACUGUUACUAUUUUCAUGUGGGGUUCAACCUCGUACUAGUAAAUCACAUUGUGCAAUUGCAGUUUACUGGGAGGUCUUUCACAACAAACCAAGUUUCCUCACAAAGAUCAGACUUUUGUGACAGAUUUUGAUGGGGAAAUGCACUGAAAAGUGUAGGGCAACACUUGCUUUGAUGCAACAUCAUCUAAGCUCCCUGCAUAUAAAUAGGAAUGAAUAUGCAAUAAACAGGCAAUUUGGAAGUGCCCUUGGUCACCUGAGGUGCCUCCAAACGUGUAUUUUUCACCCUAAGAUCUGCAGGCAAUUCUGACUAGCGCCCCUUCUUAGGAUGAUGGUGCUUUUUCGGAGAGUUGAGCAUAAGAACAUAAAAAGAGCCUGUUGGAUCAGAAUAACAGCCUGUCUAGUUCAGCAUUCUGUUCUCACAGUGCCCAGCCAGAUGCCUUUGCUAAAUCUGCAAGCAAGAUUCAAGCACAAUAGCACUCUGCUCUCCCGCAGUUUUCAGCAACUGGUAUUCAGAAGCAUUACUGCUUCUAACCAUAGCCACUGAUAGCCUUGUCCUCCAUCCUCUUUUCAAGCCGUCCAAGUUGGUGGCCAUCACUGCCUCCUGUGAGAGCAAAGUGAUACAAUAUUCAUUCAUUAAUUUAUCACCCCCCACACUUUUCAGAUAAAUGAGAGAGCUGGCAUCAAUAGCAAAAGUGGAAAGAAAUGGUCACUCCCUUGGGCUUAGGAACUAAAAAGACACACAAGAGAAGUAGAGUGAAGAGAAAAGGUAGAAGAGGGCAGCCCUAUCCAGGUUCCUAUUGAAGGGAGUGCUUUUUGAAACAAGGUGGUUCCUCCCUAAGCUGAUAAGAGUUUCAAAGCACUCUACCGGCUGCUUGGGAAACUGUGGCUUUCCAAAUGUUGUUGCACUCUAGCUCCCAUCAGCCCCAGCCAGUGUUGCCAAAGGUCAGGUAAGGAAGAUAUCUGGAGGGCCACAAACAUUCCCCAUCCCUAGACUAAGCAAGCAUAUCUACCACUCUCGUAUGUAAUUUGGGCUUCCAAGAGUUUGGGGGAAGAGUUUGAACCUGAACACUUGGGGCAGCAAUUGUUUUUUCAGCAUACAAGACCACGUUGCCCCUGAAACUUUGCAUCUGUUCGUGUUCAGUUGUCCUUCAGUGUCACUGCUGUUUCUGUGGCUGUGCCGGUGUGGGUGCCCAAUCCAAACGUUGACCUCAAAAUCUGCAUGUAUGACAGGCUGUAUCAGGACUGCAUCAUCAUCCAAAGCAGGUGUGUGGCCCAGGAAUUCAUCUACUUCCAGGUUCUUCUGCAGGUUGACUGAUUCUUAAAUUUGCCCUCUUUUAUUAGCAUUUGCUGCAAUCAUAUUCACAUUUCCUUGGGAGGAAGUCUAAAUUAACUCAAUGGAACUUAGUUUGAGCAGACAUGAAUAGGAUUGCACUGUUGGUUUUGUUAAUCUGCCAUUAUUUAUUUAAAGCUGGGAACUCGAUUGUGUUCCCAAGUACACUUUUAUUCUGCUGGGAUGAAGGUCCAUCACAAUGGGUAUUGGCACCACCUGUCAUCCGAUGCACACAAAGCUGUAGUAAGUAGGCAGGGCUUAGUCCUCCUCAACCGCAGUCUGUUUCCUGCCUUCCUCAGAGGUGGUCACCUUGGGUGGCCAGGCUUGCCUUUGGGUGGCCAGCCUUCAACCCCACAGCCUCCCAGCCCUACCCCAUGAUUACGGGCCUUUUCUGCACACCUAAUCAUUAUUUGCUCUCUCCUCAAAUGCAGGCAAAGGCCUGCUGACCCUUUCCUUCCCAAUGUAAACAGCAGGAGAGCUUUGGGCAGGCAGCUCAUUUACAUUAGCCUUUGCUGGGUCGUUCACAUGUGUCAGAAGCAACUCUGGGGUCCAUAUUAAAGGAAGUGAUGGGGAAGCUGUGCUGGUUGCUGAUCAUCAUUAACUUCAAUGGAUAUAUUCUGAAUAGGGUUGCAUCCAUUGCUAAUCCUAUUCAGAGUAGAUCCAUUGAAGUUAAUGAUGAUGACUAAUUUAGGUACAUUACUUUCAGUGGGUCUACUCUGAGUAGGAUUUGGCUACACCCAAGUUCUUUAAUUUUGUAGAAAUUAAGCAGGUUUUGUUGUUGUUAGGGGAUGGGGCUUCUUAUCCCUCUCUCUUUUUCAUUUUUCUGUAUUUAUUAAAAGUAAAUUAUUAUUAUUAAAAAAAGCAGGGCAGGUGGUCCAGAAUUAGACUGGCUCUGGAUAUUUGUAUUCUAUUUAGCUGUUCUGUGAAUACUGGUUAUUGGCGGUAACAAAGUAAUUAAUUGAUUAGCUGAUAUAUGCCCUUGGCCCAUAUUUUUAUAUUGUAGUUUCAUAGGGAUAUAAGAUUCCCAUUUAUCUCCACAGGACUUCUACACAUGGAAGUUUUAAAAGAAAAAAGUUUAGGUUUUUGUUUCUUGGCAGACAAGCACCAUCCCACUUGUAGGCCAUGGAAGCUCAAUUUUUGCUUUUUAGAAAUGGUUCUGUCAUCUCCCCUGACCAGCCAUUGCUGACGGCCCCCCUUUUUUUUUGAAUCCAUGGAUUUUUCUAGCUAGAUGUUGAGUCUUGCUAUUUUUAACUUGCUCCUCUUUAUCACUAUUUCACAUUCUAGUUAAAUGCAAGCGAAUACAAUUGAAUGGUAUUUAUUUUUCUCUUUUUUCUUUUCUUUUCUUUUCCUUUCCCCCCCUAUUUUUGUUGGAAAGGGAUACAUCCUAAACUCCUUACUAGAAUUAGACCCCACUGAGAUUCUUCACAGUUGGAAGGAAAUGAAUAAAGCUGCUAUCUCAGAAAUUCAGCUUACAAGUGUGACAAACGUCAAGUUAUGUAAGAGACUUUCCUGGGUCUAGAUAACACUCACUACCAGGAAAGGGAUUAUAAGUAUAGUGGCAGAGUAUCUUUGCUAUCAGAUCCAUUUGCUUCAUCUUCACAAUGCAAAUCCAAGGUUUUGAGGUGUUCCCGAUAGAAAACUGUCAAGUUGCUUAGCCCCAAACCUGAGCUGCUUUUCAUAUUUUUUUAAAACCAAAUAUCAAUCAUUUUUUGUUUUCUUUGUAUGGUGUUCAGGAUCCUGCACAGGACGAAACCUCUCCUGCUAAUUGCUCCUUAAAUGAGAUGUUUUUGCUGUCUUAAAAUAUAGGCUAUUUAAUUUCUGAGCUCAUCCCCUUUCCAACAUUAAAACACUCUGGAAAUUGUAGCUCUAUGAGGAGAAGCCGGGUCUCCUAACGACUCUCAGACCCAAUAAUAAUAAUAAUAAUAAUAAUAAUAAUAAUAAUAAUAAUAUAUUUAUACCCUGCCCAUCUGGCCGAGUUUCCCUGGCCACUCUGGGCGGCUCCCAAUUGAGUGUUAAAUACAAUACACCAUUAAAUAUUAAAAACUUCUCUAAACAGGGCUGCCUUCAAAUGUCUUUUAAAGAUAAGAUAGCUGCUUAUUUCCUUCACAUCUGAUGGAAGGGCGUUCCACAGGGCGGGCGCCACUACCGAGAAGGCCUUCUGUCUGGUUCCCUGUAACCUUACUUCUCACAAUGAGGGAAUCGCCAGAAUGCCCUCGGCGCUGGAUCUCCGUGUCCGGACUGAACUACAGCUCCCAGAAUUCUUUGGGCGAAGAAACCAUGACUGUUGAAAGUGGUAUCAUAGUAGUGCUUUAAAUGCAGCGUGUGAAUGCGGCCUGAGAGAAGCCAAAAUUAACAUAUUCAGCUAUCAUUGUGUAUUUGUGCAAUGCGAGAAGAAAUGGUAGCUGAUAUAGUCAGAUCUGUUAGUAGAGGUGGCCAGAGCAUCCAAUGUCAUGCCAACUCAGAUGUUCCUCUUCUCUUUGUAGAGCAAAAAGUGCCUUGCGGUUGAAGUUUGAAGUUUGCAAGGAACUUGCCAACCACAUGGAGCUGCUUCCAAAGACGGGCUACAUUCAAGCUCAUUCAUCCUUUAGCGUGCAGCUGAAGUUUCUGCCAAGGUAGACCUCAGACAUCCAUGGCCAAGUGUCUCAAUUUUAUUUAAAUGCUAAUCUUUAUUAUUUUUAUAUUUAUUAACUUUACAUACCACCCUUUGUCCAUACAUAGCAUACUAUCUAUACAACAUAAAAUUCUGAAUGGUUAUAUAAAUACAACUAUGACAAUAAGAAAUACAUUAUGAAAUGUACAUUCUUAUAACAGCAGCAAGAUAAAAAAUAAAGAAGAAAAUCCACAGUGGUAGGGAAAUGCUUUGAGGAGUAUGGGGUGAAUGACUGACUAACGGGAAGAUGUGUAAACACCCUGUAAGCAAAUCAGAAUGAAUGCAGGACAAAUGCUCAGUGAUGUAGAACCACCCGACAAGAAUAUCAGAAAGAAUGCUCACUAUAAGCCCAGACAUAGUGUAAUCUCUGUGGAAGCCUUUGUGGAAGCAUAUCACGAUGAAUAGUCAAUAAAUAGGUAGUCUGUGCCCCCCAUCAAGGACUCAUAGGAUUGUACUGUUGGUGUAUAAUUGUGUGACCUUAACUAAGAGUUUACAACAACAACAACAACAACAACAACAACAACAACAACAACUUAUUUAUACCCUGCCCAUCUGGCUGUGUUUCCCCAGCCACUCUGGGCGGCUUCCAACAAAAUAUUAAAAUACAAUAGUGCGUCAAACAUUAAAACCUUUCCUAAACAGGGCUGCCUUCAGAUGUCUUUUAAAAGUCUGGUAGUUGUUUUUCUCUCUGACAUCUGGUGGGAGGGCGUUCCAAAGGGCGAGUGCAACUACCAAGAAGGCCCUCUGCCUGGUUCCCUGUAACUUUGCAGUGAGGGAACCGCCAGAAAGCCCUCGGCACUGGACCUCAGUGUCCGGGCAGAACGAUGGGAGUGGAGACACUCCUUCAGGUAUACUGGGGAAAGGGAAGAUGUGAUUAACUUUCCUGUGCUCAGCUUAAUCGUAAGAGAAGAUUAAUCACGAGUUCAUCCAACAAUAGCAUUUAAACAGCACAGAUGUGAACUAUGCAGCAUGCUAUUUAAAUAUUGGCAGUGGUUUGCCCUAUGUUAAGGAAUACACUUCUGACUACCAUGUAGAUUAAAAGGUUUAUUGGCUCUUUCCCACCAUGCCUCUCUUCCUUCCCCCCCCCCCCCAAACAUAUUUAGGAGUGUCCAGAAAGGAAAUUGACUUGGAUUACAUUCCUACUAUGCAGUGAUGGCUGCCAACUUGAAUGGCUUUAAAAGAGUAUUAGACAAAUUCAUAGAGGAUAAGGCUGUCAGUGUCUACUCACCCUGAUGACUAUGCUCUGCUGCCACUGUUGGAGGCAUUAAUGCCUUUGAAUACCAGUUGUCUGCGAAUACCACCAACUUUGACAUUGUGUCCCAAAGGACCGUGGAGUAAGUUCCAGGGGAGGAGAAGCAGAUGGCUACUAGCUAUGAUGGCUUUGUUCUCCCUCCCCUGUCAGAGGAAGUAAUACCUCUAAAUACCAUUUGCUGGGAAUUACAAGACGGGAGAGGGCUCUUCCACUCAGUUCCUGCUUGCAUUGAGACAUCUGGUUGACCACUGUGAGAACAGGAUGUGGGCUUAGAUGGGCCUUCGGCCUGAUUCAGCAGGGCUCUACUUCUGUUCUUACAACGUACAGAUUUAGUGUAAGGCCUCUUUUUCAGACUAUGCAUGGAAAAGGUCCUUCUAUCUGCAGUUUUCCAGUCCCUGGGCUAGAGACCAUCAGGUCACAGGGUUGGGAAGGAUUCUGCCUGAGACUUUAGAGAACCACGGAACUACAUAGACCAAGAUGAAAGCAGCAUCAGCAUUCUGGUGGAAUAAAUUACCAGAGCACUUUUUUGCAGUAGAGCCUUAAGAAAUGCAAACACUGCAUGUCUCUGUGCAGAAUUAAAUUCCUAUCCCAUUAUAGAAAGAGAGUUACCAUUAUUAUGACAGUUUCCAGUCCCUAAACUUCAAAUGUUGUGAAACACUGCUAUAGUUUUGUCAAGUGGAUAGAGGCGACACAGCUUGGAUUUAAAAUGUUAAUCUGCAUUUCGGGGGGGGGGCUGGGGGAAAGCUUCAAAGGAGAUUUGAUGAGAUUAAGGAGGUUCUGACUCAUGAAAUAAGCCCCUGACUGGUUCACCAAGCAGAGAUCAGAUAAAAGGGGAUGGGGUGCAUGGAAGGCAGAGCGGGGUUACAGGGAGGGUUUACUAAAGUUUGGUGUUGAAAAUGUUAAGCCAAGGCCAUUUUUAUGGAAAUGCUAGACUGGCUCUGAUGGCUCAUACUUUGCAUGAAAAAUGUCUCAGGUUCAAUCCCCAGAUGAACUACAACACCCAUAAUCCCCAACCACUUCCCAACCACUGGCCAUGCUUGUUAGACCUAAUAGGCAUUGUGAUUCAGCAACAUUUAGAGGGUUAAAGGUCCCCCACACCUGCUGUAUGAGAUUGUUUUCCAUAAACCUGUGUCCAUCACACCACGCCACCUAAGAGUCAUCCAUUUGAAGAUACUUUUUAUCACUGCUCUGCUUCACUGAAUUUCUGAUUGGGUGUUAAUGUGUGCAGUUGUAAACACCUGCUUCCCUUUGUGUUUAUGUGUCUAUAAGUAUCAAUGUGCAAUUUGUAUAUGGUCUUUGUAUCCAUACAUUUUCUGAGCAGAUGCCAAACCUGUGGUUGCAACUGACCACCUGUUGGCUCUGCCAUCACUCCAUGUCAACUAAAUGUGUGAUCUAGAAACAACCCUGGCACUCCCCACAUGGCUGCCCAUUGCAAUUGGGGAAUGAUCAGUAGCAAUGGGCUUGGAGAAACUUAUCUGCCAUCAAUAAUUUUCUCAUGAAGGAAACCCUGAGAAGCUUCUGAGGAGUUCCAAAAGAGGGGCUUUUGUUCACAGGGGUUGUUUGGGAAGACAAAUUCUAGCAGAAGCCUGAGUUUCAUGAAUGGAUCCUUGCUCUCUUCUGAAAAAAAACAUACAAUGGCUUUUGUGACAAUGCUUGACUACAAAAGAGGACAACUUGAUAUAAUUGUUGCAGGUUUCUAAUCUAAAAGAUGCCCUUUUGAUAUGCAAAAUUUGUCUUUUUUUCUCAAGAAUAUUGCAUAAUUUGCUAGCUGAAGGUGUUCAUUUAAUGGCUGGCUUGAAAACAGGUUGUCAUAAACUAUUAUAUUCUAAGCGUUGUCUCCAACUAAGUGUUGCUCAGAGCAAGUUAGUCAUGGCCAUGAAUUUCAGUGGGUCUGCUCUGAGUAGGAGAAAAUCAUAAAUCCGUUGCCAAUCAUUUCUUCAAAAAAGGAUUUCAAAUGUAUUCACAUGACUCAGUAUGGCAAUUUUGUAUUGUAUACUGAUUGUUUACUCAGUUUCUCUCCCUCUCUUUUAUAAAUAUUGUUUUAUCAUCUUACAGAAUAUUGUUUUCCCUGAUUUGAUUUUGAUAGUCUAACAAUAUUACAGUUGCUCCAGACAAAGAUUUUGUCAACAUAUACUGGGCAACUCAUUAAAUAAUUUUUCCCUUUGGAAUCUAUUUUGAGGUUACCUCCUCCUUUUUAAAUUUGAAAACCAUACAUCUACAACAUUUUCACAGCAUUGCCUCCACUUUUUAUGAUAUUAUAAAAGGAGGGAAACCAAAUCUAUAUGACCUUGUAGCAUCUCACUAGCGACCCAUUUUUUCAAAGCAAAGACUCCAAGACAGAACACUGUCUCCCUGGAGACAAAAUGGGAAAAAUCACUCUGUGUUAUAGGACCCAGAGAUUAUAAAUAGGAUGGGGGUUCUAAAAAUGAUACAUUGUUUGUACUAAUUUGGCUCAAAAUUGCAAACAAGGCUUGCGCUAGGCAAGAAGCUCUGGCAAGCGAAUCCCUACACAUCCCCUCUCCGUGGUGGGUAAUCAGACAGACGGAGAUGGUCUUUACGACUCUCCUUGCAGCCUGCUCUUAUUUCAGUAUCUGUGUGGUAUUGCCUUCCUAUUGAUACUGACUCAGAAGAGCUGGUAAUUAAUUAACGUCAAUGUCAAAAGGAACAGAUUGCCCAAGAUGGGUGUCUCAUCUGUGCUCCUGACUACAGCUGGGGCCGAGGAAGCUUGCAUACUGAUUACCGAGCAAGUUUCUAAAGCCCUAUUUAUAGUCGUCAAUAUUUUGCUAGGGAAAGAGCAAUAUAUCGGUUAAUACUUUCUUAAAACGCUGGUAAAUACAACAUGGCCCCAUAAUCAGCUCCCUUUAGUAAUGCAAGCCGAAAACACUUAUGAGAGCAUUAAUGGGAAUUACACGCAAAGAAACAGAGGCCAAGACCCUUUCAUGUGCUUUGCAGUUCCCACAUGGAAUUGGUACUUAAAAAUACACUGUCGCACGAAACAAGCCUGGAUUUUACACUAUCUACAUUGCAGGAAUCAGUUGUUAUUCAGCGAUUUGAUGCAGUAUUGGGUGGGGGAAGUUGUUGUUUAAGGUUUUGAAAGAGGUAGGCAAUUAUUAACGUCAUUUGCAUGAUCUAAACACUUAAUGUGAAACUUUUCUAUGAGCAUUUGUAUCUGGGUGAAAUACGUUUCAAGCCUGUACUGUAGGGCUAGGGAACCUUUGACCCUCCAGAUGUAGCUGGACUCCAGUUCCAAUCAGCCCCAGCCAGCACACCUAAUGGUUGGGAAUGAUGAGAGUUGUAGUCCAGCAUCUGGAGGGCCAAAGUUUCCCCUGGAAGCAUAUUUCCAGAUAGCAUUACUUGCAGAGGUUCAGCAGACAUUCUUCAAGCACAAUGUACCUCAUUUUGUUUGAGAUGAAAAAGCCCCAAACAGCUUCUCAAGGACUGUCCCCGUCUUCUUGUAAGGUUUGGCUACAUGCUAACAGGAAAAAAGUCAGCCAUGUUAAAAGGCUUUCAUAAUGAUUUCCACCAGAACAAGAGCACUACAUUGUACAAGAAAUCAGCAGGUGGAAGCUGCCGUGAGGAAGCCCUUAUCGCCCAUGUUUUCAUUCAUCACUGAAUAAUUAGGUUAUAAUUGGAUACCUUGAAUAGUUUUCAAUCUGGAUUUCCCCCCAAUGCCUAAAAACCAUUGGACAAUAUUAGACACCUCUCUUUAGGGCUCCAUACUCAGAUACUUCAAGAAGAAAAUCUAUGUUGUGGAAAUGAAGGACAUCUUCAAUCCCUCAAAGCAAAUAUUCCUCUGCUUUUCCUUCCUCUUGUUCACACCAUCAAAGUCUGUCCAAGGUUUCUCAUUGGCUCUCUCAGCAAUGAAGAGUUUAACCCAUCCUUAGUGUCUGAUUCCUUCUGCUUGGCUCUUUAAAGAGUAUGUGAUACUUUGCUGUUUCAGGCACUCUCUUCGAGAAGAUGCAAGGAAGUACUUUGAUGUAAAAACAAGAGUUCUGGAAGUCCCAAUGACGGUCAUGGUUUCAGAUCAGGUUGGUGCACGAUUCAGCUGCUUGUUGUUAAACAAGGGAAGAUUGUGUCCUGCUCAGGCAGGAUGAGAGCUUGCUGGGUGUGGUCCAGGUCUGAGGGAAAUGGUUUGAGUAGCAUAAUAUCCAUCAGUGGUAGGAAACAGAGAACCAAGUACAGCUGAGGUGGGGAGCCUCAGGUCUGGAAACCAAAUGUGCCCACCCUAUGAUGGGGGCUUCUCUAUCUGACCCUCAAGACUUUAGGCUAUACUCACUGUCCCCAGAGCAUCCCUCUUUGCUGACCUAGCUCUGUACCCUUCUUCAAGGGCAUGGCUGGAGUUAUAAUAAUGUUUCUUGCUUGCCUGGGUGUUGCAAGGGAAAAUGUGUAUGCAGGAACUUCUGAAUUUGGCAAGACUCGAAUGUAGCCUACUGUAGGAAGGUGAGAGGCACAUCAGUUUGCCCUACCUCCAGCCCCACCCACUUUGGCACUGACCCCCACCCACCCCUUGAAGGUUACCCAUAAAUGAAUGUAGCUCGUCAGCUAAAAAAUGUUCCUCACCCAUGAAGUACAGGGAUUGGGUCAGAAUGGUUUUCUUCAGAACCUAGGAGAGCUCCCCAGGCCAGCAGGAGUUGCCUUGAAGGGACACAAAGUCUAGGACUGUAACCUAAAGCAUAGUGUUCAGUUUCAUUUUUUUAUAUGAUAUUUAUUAAACUUUCCAUUUUAACAAUCCAAUCAAACCACAUCAUAUAUUCCGAAUUAUACAUAUUAUUCAAUAAUCAAACAGUCCAAAUAUUAUGCCAAAUUAUAAAUUUUUCGGGGGGACUUGCUCCGAGGUCGGGGGAGAUCUGAUAAUCUCAUACUUCUACUGCUUUUCAUAAUCAUUCCCAAUAAUUCCCAUAAGUCAUUCUGAUGUUUUCAGUUUUAAUUUUUUUAAUGUAUAUGUUUCUCUUGAUGCAUCUCUCUUAGAGCAUAUCUACAAGGUGGACACAUUGUUUUAAUGGUAAUUCUUUCUGUCUAGGGAUCUCUAGGAAUUGCACUUAAGAUAGCAAGGAUGGGGAGAGAUCUCUUAACAAAACCAUUGGAACAAUAAACUUGAGUUGACACAAUGUCACCCAGUGCGCUCCAUAUUUGAAUUGAGAUUUGGAUCUGAAUCUCUUCUGCCCUAAUUCAAUCAUUACACCACAACAAAACUUGUGUUCUUGUUUCAGAGUAAGCCAGUUGAAUUUACAGUCCAUGCAAUCGUUACAACCUCAGAUUUGGAGAUCAGACCAACCGAAGUGGAUUUUGGAUUUUGCUCUAUCUACGAAGCUGUCCAAACAACAAUCACAUUAACAAACAAAGCCAUCCUUCCCCAGGAAUUUGGAUUUGUGGAACUCCCAGAGGUAAAUACCUUCUUCUCAGUUUCUAACACAAUAAAUAUUCCAUGAAGUUUUGUAAUGAAGGAGAGAACUGCACCCAAAUGAUUACUAUCAGAGCUGUGUAUAUCUCAUUUUGAAUAAAAUCUGUCCCAUGAACAGCUCAGUUCUUUAACGUGCAUAAAUUAUCAAACUAAGCAAAUGUAUAUCAUUUAGUGUGUGUUGCAUAAUAUAUUCUAACAUGUUAAUUCAUUCCGGGUUUGGUUUGCACAUUAUGGAAAAGUGGCGAGGAGCUAUGUUCGUUUCACCCACACUUUCAAAGUAUACCAUUUUAUAGCCAUGAAGGCUAGGAACUUGCCUUUUUUUUAAAUGGAGAUUUUCAGCAUAAUUGUGUUCCCAGUACUGCACUCUAGGGUCUUCUGUACUCCACUCAGAAUAUAUGCAAACACACAGCCCUGAUCAUCACAAUAUGCAUGGGCUAGGACCAAAUGAAUAUCUGUUCCUGAGAAGUGCAUUAUUAGGCAACGCAUUUCCCCUGUUUCCAUUUGAUCUAUAGUGCAUCUUUUUCCUUUUCCUUUUGGUACAUUCUCAAUACUGUACAUUUAUUUUUCUCUUUUACUCCCUUUCUUUAAAAAAAAUGUUUUUAUUGAAAGAUUUUUCCAUAAGUAACAAAAGUACAUGCAGUGUCUUUGUUUUUAUAUUGUGAGAAGAUGAAUGAGUGUGAUGUUUUUCUACCACUUACGGAGUUGGGUUGUGGGGAUGAAUCCAAAUUGGGAGGGUUUAGAAUAGGUAGGUUAUUUUCUGGAGGGUUAACAUUUGGAUUAUGGCUAGUUUGUCUGAGAGAGUGAUGCUUUUUUGCCUCCUUCUGAAAGUUUGUAGAAAUUCAGCCCAAUGAUGGAUUUGGAAUGCUUCUGCCUCUUGAACAGUUGCAGCUGGACAUAAUCUUCAAAGCCCAGCGGGCAAAGGAAUACAGUUUUGAGCUGACUUGCAAGACUGAAAUCAACAGGUGCGCACAGAGUUUCAAGCUGGAGAAGAGGAGGUUAAGGGGUGAUAUGAUAGCCAUGUUCAAAUAUAUAAAGGGAUGUCACACAGAGGAGGGAGAAAGGUUGUUUUCUGCUGCUCCAGAGAAGCGGACACGGAGCAGUGGAUCCAAACUACAAGAAAGAAGAUUCCACCUAAACAUUAGGAAGAACUUCCUGACAGUAAGAGCUGUUCGACAGUGGAAUUUGCUGCCAAGGAGUGUGGUGGAGUCUCCUUCUUUGGAGGUCUUUAAGCAGAGGCUUGACAACCAUAUGUCAGGAGUGCUCUGAUGGUGUUUCCUGCUUGGCAGGGGGUUGGACUCGAUGGCCCUUGUGGUCUUUUCCAACUCUAUGAUUCUAUAAGCCAUCAAGGGUUCUCCCAAUGAGGCAGAAUAACCAUGUUUCAUCCCCCGAUCUGAUUCAGGUUUGCCUCAAAUGACCAAAAUACAUUGCAGAGAAGCAGUAAGUGGGAAGGAGGUGAUGGCCAACCUAUACCUGUUUACUGCUUUGGGGGUGGGGUACUUGCAUUCUUGCAUUCUGCAUACACAUGCACGCAGAGGCCACUUUCCUUUGCUUAGCCAGGACCCUCAGAAUGCUUCCAAAUGACCUGUUCCUUGAGCAUUCAUCCUGAUUUGUUUGCUGAGAGAUCAGAUGAUAUGGGCUAUUGAAUGAGCAUGCAAUCUGAUUUCCUCACAGGGAGAUUAGAUGAUGUGGCAUGAAAGUGCUACCCCACACUUUCAAACUGCAUUUCCCUGCCACUUUUCAACCUUUGGGGGAAAGAAGGCUUGUUGCAAAAGACCCAACCCCUCUCUCUCAUCAACUAUAAUUGUGCAGUCUGGAAUUGCUGGUGUGUGAUUGAAUCCUACAUGAAAACAAUGACAGCCUGGAAAUGCCACCAGUCUUGGAGCCCUGCUGAGGGGAAAUCAGCCAGGGUGGAAGAACUGCAUAGGAAAAUUAGCAGCUGUGGGACUGGGUUGAACAUGCAUUGCUACCUGUAGCUUCUUCGCAGCGAAGCUUCCCCCGCUCCGGAGGUUUGCAUGUUAGAACCAAACCCAAAACUUAAAAGUGAAUAUUUGCAGUUGCUCUACUUGUAAUAAACCACCAGAGAACAUUCCAACUUCUUUCAGGAUUUCUGCAGUCAUGUUUCAGCAUCAGCAGCAUCUUUUCAGUGAAAAUUAAGUAUUCCAGAAGUGGGACUGAGAGCAAAAUGUUGCAGCAUGAAGUGCUCCUGUGCAGUGUGUUCAUCCAGGAUGCAUGUUUUUGUAGGGCUGUUUGGGGAAUGUUUCCCCUUUAAGCUUUUUGUUAAGAAAGGUUUUGAGUUUUAUACAUCUUCAGGUCUAUUCAGGGUGGACUCGUUGAAAAUAAAAGACAUAGCAAACUUAGGUCCAUUAAUUGCAAUUGAUUGUAUCAUUUAAAUUUUACUAAGAGUACAUUAGCCAUGCCCAUUAAUUUCAGUGGGUCUAUUUUGCAUAGGGCUAACAUUGAAGACCAACCCAGUGGAUCUACUCUAAGAAUAACUUGGUUGGUGCAACCUUUUUUGUCCUCUGCUGAAAACUCUUUCUUCUGCAUGGGUAUGGAGCCAUUUUGGCUACUUAAGCAACCACACUCACACCUGAACAUUGGGAUUAGAGGGGCUGUUUCCAUCUUGUGUCAUCAUGGUUUGAUUUCCGUAUAGUCUUGAGCCAUAGGGGUGCCACAGAACCUGGAAUGGGCAGUGAAAUAUCUUUUGACUUGAAAGCAAUGAGAUACUUGUCAUAGGGCUUAUUUAAAGUCUUGGCAACAGGCUUCGUAUUGUGCUGUGACCGGAUUUUUUCAGCUGUGUUUCCAUUUUUAGAGAAUUCAAGCUGUCAUGCAAGGCAGUCGGAGUCCACCCUCCUCUUGAGCUCUCUCAUACCUUGGUCCAGUUUUCUGCCACUGCUCUCAAUGACGUGUCAACAGCAAAUAUCUUUGUGAUCAACAAUCACGUCAGUGUCAAUCAGUUCACUCACAGUGUCCCAAGAGUUGGCAAGGGAGAAGUGGCCCCCGUUGGGCCAACUUCCUUCCAGUUCCUUGUUCCAGAAGACUCUCCUAUUACGAUCAUGCCAUGUGUCGGAACUGUCCUGCCUGGAAAGGUAAACACACACUCUCAGCCUAUUAAAGAUCUGGAUAAAAAUAGAACCUUCAUGCUUAUGGAGUACUGCAGCCUAUGUAUCUGGCCUGAUGCACCUCCCUUAAAGGAAAAUAAAGUGUUGAGAGCACAUGUAUUUUUAAUUCACAUUUUUAAAGAAGAAAUGUAAUCAGAGUCCUUUUUUUGUUCUCCACUAGAUAUAGUUCAGGCUUCUUAAUAAGGAGAGCCUAUGCUGCAAGCGUAAAACCCCAGAUUUAGGAAGUAACGUGGACAUGAACUGGAUUGUGUUCAUUUGCUAUACAAUGUAUAUUUUGUGAGUCCAGAGGGAGGCAUGGAAUUGACAGGCCUUGUGGGGGACCAUACAGUAUAAGGGCAGAAAAGGGCAACCAGAAUGAUCAAGGGACUGGAGCAACUCCCCUUUGACGAACGGAUACAAUGCCUUGGAGGGUUUUAGUUUAGAAAGCAAAUUGAGUAAUGGGGAACAUGAUAGAGGCAUAGAAGAUUAUGCGCAGUUUGGAGAACGUGGAUAGGCCUCUUUCACAAUACUGUAACCUCAUGGGGUCUUACAGGGCAGCGGAAUGGUGGGAGAUUCACAACAGUCAAAGGGAGGUACAUCUUCACACAGCACACAGUUAAACUGUGGAAUUCGCUGCCACAAACUAUAAUUCUGGCUACCAAUUUGGAUGACUUUGAAGGGGGAUUUGACAAAUCCAUGAAGGCUACCAGUCAUAAUAUCUAUAUUACCUCCAGUAUGCCUCUGAAUAACAGUUGCUAGGUAUCGUGUGCUAGAGUGCUAUUCUACUCAUUUCCUGCUGUGGGAUUUCCAUUGGAGCUCAAAGGGGCAUCUAUGGUUUUCUUCUUCCACAUUUUAUCCUCACAGCAUUGAGGUGGAUUACAGUGAGAACAGGAUGCUUUGGCCAGAUCCACCAGGCCUCCUGCUUUGUUCUCUAUUAUGGAUUGGAUUGUCUGUUAAAUGUAGCAUAAGUCUGAACUCCAUUUAGCUACCCAAGUUCAUUCUGCAUGUUCUCUUUCUUUCCGGCCUCCUCUCUCCUCCCCCCAUGCCAGAAAUGCAUGCUGGAAGUGUCCUUCCGCCCAGUGUUGUGUGAUCAGCUUAUUAGGCUGGAGGCAGUCCACCUACUAUGCCAGGCUGCUGAAGCAAAGGCUCAGAUGGAGAGGAAGGCUCGGGAAUUGGAACUGCAGGUAAGUGUGGGAGGGAUCGAUGCCUCCUGCGUGUUGCUCAUUGCAAAGAACAUCUGCCGUACCCAUGUCACACUGUGUAGAGAGGCAGGUGCAGUUUUAGGAAUUGCCAAGCCGCGCAGUGGUGGCUGAUGCCUAUUGCAGCUGGUGGAACCGAAGGCAAGGGAGCCCAAGAAGUAGGGAGGGUCAAAGCCAUUGACAGUGAAAGCCAACCAAUUCUAGUUUUGUCCCCAUCCUUUAAUGGUGACACUGACACUAAGGAGGAGGAUGCUGGCAGGCAGUGGUUGUAAGUUAGAAGGCGGGGGGGGGGGACCUGUCUGCAGGCAGACUGAGGUUGGUGGGGCAGUGCCCCAUUUGCCCUAAUGAACCAGUCUCUACUACCCAUUCUUCAGCAACUGAUAUUCAAAGGCACAUUGCCUCUGGUACUGGAGAUAGUGAUGGUCUUUCCUCAUCAACCUCCUGUUAACAUUUUGCUCUCCAGACAUGCCUAUUUCUACCAUAUCCCUGCUCUUGCCCACAAAUCAGCCCCUAUCGACAAGCAGUCCAUUACGAGAAGGGCUCACAGAGCCAGAAGCAACUUGUUGGGUGGGGAGGAGCCACUACAGUCACUUCCCAGAAUGUAGAUUGCUGUUGCUUUCCAGGAGGGGUGAGGCAACGGGGAGGCCGGUGUGGGGCAAAGGCGUCAGCAGGAGCACUGGAUUGGCUCUGUGAGUGCAUUUAGACCAUGCAGACCUUCCUGACACCUUGCCAACCCCCUCCAUAACCAAGCGUUCCACCUGCCAGAAAGCAAGCAUAGCGACUCCUCUGCACCUGGUGAUCCAUUUCUGCACAAGGGCCUCAUUGGAAGUGGAGUCCAUGUCUUGCCCCCAUGGCACAACAGAUUCCUUCCCCAUAAUUCUCCUCUCUACUCAGCUCUCUUAUCAUCUUCCUUUCCCCUCCCAUUAGGCACCUGCUUUCAGCAAGGGGGGGGGUUUGCUCUGACUCCCCCCAUUCCAGCAGUUAACCAAAAGGCUUUGCUUCCCUGCUUCUCUUUCUCUCUCUCUCUCUCUCUCUCUCUCUCUCUCUCUGGCAGAGAAGGAAAGAGGAAGCCCUGCUUACCCGGAAAGAUGGAAAGAGGCCAUCAAGCAUACUCUCCAUCAGUCAAAUCUCAAAGCACACCCGACCAUUUCAGCCGCCCAACCCAGAGGACAUUUCUCCAGAGUGCGUGAGAAAAGGCAUUUUCCAUUUCCCUCAUCCAUGGCUGACCAAGUACACCUCUCCAUGACUGUCAGGGUGCAGCCAGGGUGUGGAUGGCUAAUUGGGGCUGGCAUCAGGCUUGGGAAAUCUUUAGCACAAUGUCCUCAGUGGGCCAUCCUCCUACACUAGCACCCUUCCCCCCAUUAUGGAUUUAUCUAAUGGUAAAAGUGAGUAGCCAAGAGCUGCUGUUUCCCACAAACCCCAGAGUGAUGCUUUGUCAAACUUCAGCAUUGUGGGAAUUUUUUUAAUAGUGGCUCAUAGCCACCCAGCAUGAGAGUAGGCAGGAUAGGCUUCAGAGAUGGUAGACUCUGCUAGGGCAUUGGGACCCCAGAAUAACUGAAGACUUAAGAACAAACAAGCAGGAAACAGGCAAGCAGAGCUGGUGCAACUCAUUUGCAGAGCACCACAAUGGCUGCUCCCACACCUAAUCUACAAUUUAAGAUAGAUUCCUAAUGGAUUAGCCAGCAGUCUGCCUUACAAAAGAUGUGGCCAGCAACCUUGCCAUUUGAUGGAACUCUCUCCAGCAGUCAUCCUGGCUUCUUUUUGCCCACUUCUAAGCAGGUAGGGCUGUAACUCAAUAGCAGAGCAUCAUUUAUGGGGGUAGCAGAAUUAACCUUUACUUGUGUAAUUUGGUCAGUGGUUCGAAUCCCUGCAAUGGGGUGAGCUCCCGUUGCUCAGUCCCAGCUCCUGCAAACCUAGCAGUUCGAAAGCAUGCCAGCACAAGCAGAUAAAUAGGUACCGCUGCGGCAGGAAGGUAAACAGUGUUUCCGUGCGCUGCUCUGGUUCGCCAGAAGCGGCUUAGUCAUGUUGGCCACAUGACCCGGAAGCUGUACGCCGGCUCCCUCAACCAAUAAAGCGAGAUGAGUGCCGCAACCCCAGAGUCAUCUGCGACUGGACCUUUACCGUGGCCCAGAUUUUUAAUUUUUUUAUUGGUACACUUGUCAGGGGAAAUCUUUCCAAAUACUCCGCACUUGUCCAUUCCUACUCCCUUUGACUCCUGCUCCAGGCCCCCCUUGUAGAUUUACCACACUCUCUCUGCAUCCCCACCUAGAGCCUCAGUCCCUGCCUGUGGAUCAGAUCUAUCUGCCUCCUGCUCUACUGGCCCUUUCUGAUGCCUGCCAGUAAAGUCAUCUCUGUUCUGAGUCUAUGCCUGCAGCUGCCGUAGACUCAUCCCCGGCUUUCUCUUCCCUCUUAGUGAUCCCUGGUAGGGAGCAUAAUAAAAUCUCAGAUAGAUCAGAUCAAAGAUUUCCAAGAGUGGCCAAUUGUGUGCUUCCCAGCAGGACCUAAAGACUAGACCUCUCCUGUUCCAGUUGCCUGUUCCACACUACUGGUAUUCAGUGGCAUACUGCCUUUGAACAGGGAAACUUCAUUUAGCUGUGGAUGACUCCUCUUCUGCUAUGGUAAGGUAAAGGUAAAGGUACCCCUGCCCGUACGGGCCAGUCUUGCCAGACUCUAGGGUUGUGCGCUCAUCUCACUCUAUAGGCCGGGAGCCAGCACUGUCCGCAGACACUUCCGGGUCACGUGGCCAGCGUUACAAGCUGCAUCUGGCAAGCCAGCGCAGCACACAGAAUGCCGUUUACCUUCCCGCUGGUAAGCGGUCCCUAUUUAUCUACUUGCACCCGGAGGUGCUUUCGAACUGCUAGGUUGGCAGGCGCUGGGACCAAACGAUGGGAGCGCACCCCGCCGCGGGGAUUCGAACCGCCGACCAUGUGAUCGGCAAGUCUGAACAGGGAAACUUCAUUUAGCUAUGGAUGACUCCUCUUCUGCUAUAAAUGCAUCAAAUCCACAGCCAUGACUUGUUACUGAAAGGAUGCGCAAGAUGAUUUGUUUUGCUUUUCUUUUUUCCUUGCCAUCAAUGUUCUCUUUUCCUCCUCUCUAGUUCCGAAGAGUAUAUCGCAGCUCAUUUAUCUCUGAUCCGGAGCUUCGCCAACCACUUCGACAAAUAUGUUAUCCCUUGCCUGAUAGCAUGUGGAGAUAUAGACGAGAAGAAAGGAACUGAAAACCUACACUACAAGUACAGUGAUGAAUGUGGAACUAAAUAUAUACAGAGCCGCCUGCCAGGCCAUUGAUUCAGCUAGUCCAGUAUUGUCUGCCAUUGAGAGGGAGAGCCUAAUAAUAAUAAUAAUAAUAAUAAUAAUAAUAAUAUAUUUAUUUGUACCCCACCCAUCUGCCUGGGUUGCCCUAGCCAUUCUGGGUGGCUAGUUUUUAUUGGACUCCAACUCCUAUCAUCCCAAACGAUUGGCCAUGCUGGCUGGAGUUGUUGGGAGGCAGGGUCCAGCUACAUCCAGAGGGCCACAGGCUCCCCAUCUGCAUUGUAAUCAGCCUUGAUAAAAGACAGUGCAGCUACUCCUACAGAGACACAGAAGGCAGCCUUCUUUUUUGGAUGGUGCUCCCAGCUCCCAAGAGCCUUCUGUCCAGGGAAGGGAAACCUGUGGGCCUCUGAGAUGAUGUUGAGAGAAAGAUAUAUACAGUUAGUCAGAUCAAAAUAUCCAUUCUUACGGAGCUGAAUGGUGCUGCAGUCUUGUUAGGGUGGCUCUGACUUCUCUUGAUCCGAAUCAGGGGUGGGGAACCUGUGGACCUCUGUGAUUAUGUUGGACUACAGCCCCCAUCAUCCCUGACCAUUGACCCUGCUGGCUAGGACUGAUGGGAGCUGGAGUCCAACAACAUCUAGAGGGCUGCAGGCUUCCCAUUCUUGGUCUAUUAACUGAAAGCGGCUCUCCAGGGUCAAUUGCAGAGAGUGAGAGAUCUUUCCCAUCUCCUUCCCCUUCUAACUGUGGAGACGCUGGGGAUUAAAGCCAAGGCCUCCUGCAAGCCGAGCAGGUGCGUUAUCUGGGAGCUGCAAUCCCCCAUACAGUUUAUGUGGCGGGGGUGUUGUUGUUGUGGUUGCUUUGGCUACAUCUGUAGCUGCUAAAAUUAGCAAGUAGUCUGUGUGCCUGUUGCAACAGACACAGACUUCUUUGCGUCACAGGAUAAUUAAAGGCUAGACUUGCUCAAGCAUACUUUUCAGACUUGUACCCUGGUCAUAUAGUUUUAAAUGCCUUGAGCAUAGAUGUAGAUGGGGUUGGGGUGUGGGUGUGUGAGAGAGAGAGUGCACUGCUUCCCCCACCACAUGGCAGUGUAUCAGGGGUCACUUUUAAAGUAGCUAUUUUGUUCUAUUAAAUAUGAAAAUGGAAAAGGAAAAAACACUUCAAUUUGUUGUAAUUUACCACUGCACUGAUGGAUUAUUUGCAGUAGGAGUCGAGUGAAUAGGUAAACCAGUUAAGAAGCUUACUACACAAAGCCAGCUGGAACAAGUGCUGCUGUGGUGUAGUUAUUAGAGUGCUGGACUGGGACCCAAGAGGCCAGAGGCCAAAUCCCCACUCGACCAUUAAGCUUUCUGGGUGUGACCUUGGGCCAGUCACAGUCUCUCAGCCUCGCCUACUUCACAGCGUUUUUGUGAGGAUAGAAUGGGGUGAGGCUGAUCCGUGUCCAUCACCCUUUGUUCCUUGGAGAACAGGUGAGAUAUAAAUGCAAUAAUAAUGAUUAAUAAAACAGUAAUACAUAAUAAAUUGGUUAGUGUAGCACAGUGGGGAAAUGACUAAAAUGAAACCCAGGCAGUUCUGGUUCAAAUCUUGCUUCUCUCAUGAACUAACUUCAUGGCUUUGGGCCAGGGCUGGAGAAGCUUUGGCCCUCCAGAGGUUAUUGCACUCCAGUUCCCAUCAGUCCUAGCCAGCACAGCCAGUGCUCAGGGAUGGUGGGAGUUGUGGUCCAGCAGCCUCUGGAGGGUCAAAAAUUCCCCAACCCACCCUUAGGCCAACCAUUCUUUCUCAUCCUCUGCCCCCUUGUGCAGCAUAGGGAAAAUGUAUGUCUCUCCUACUUUUCAAGGUUGUUGUGGCUGUUGUGUGGUUGUUGUUCAUUAAUUUAUUUAUAAAGUUCCUAGUUUCCUCAGCACCAUACAAAGAUUAAGAAAGGAAUCUCAGUCCCUGGCCACAGGCUAAUAAAUACAAUGCAGAAAGUGAAAGAAAAUAGGAAAGCACAUAAAUCUGGGCACCAUGUUUUUGUUGUUGUCAGGAUUAACUGAGGACCAAAGUAGUCAUGAUUCUCAAUCCAUAAUUAAGAACCAGUCAGAGUAGAUCCAUUUAAAUUAAUGGACCUUGCUUAGCCAUGGGGGAGGAGGAGAGGUUUAGCCCUUUCUCCCCUCCCACUAUUGUCCCAGCAAAAAUCCCCUCCCUUUACUCUAUACUACCAUUAGCCCAAAGGAAAAAGUUCUUCUUUCAUACCUUCUAGACUCUUAAUUCUACUGCUGAUUCAAAAUCCAUAUUAGGGCAAUAUCAUUUUUAGCCCAACCCAUAUAUCAGAUAUUGGUGCACAAGCCUUCAAGUUCAAGAAAACUGUAUUUCCAGUGCCUCCCAUUUUCAAGCCAUGUUUGCACAUACUGUACUUGAGACCUUGAAUAAAACACUAGGGUGACUUGCAGUCCAUAUAUUGGAACAAUCAGAUACCUUAUAUAUUCUGAGAGCAAUCCUCAUUUUUCUUUAUUUUUGUGUGUAUUUGUAGCCCUUAUUUUACCUUGUACCUAGAGCUGCAUUGUCCUUCCGUGGCACCUGCUCUCAUGGUGACUUCGAAUAAUGGGAGAACAGUCUUCAACUUUGGGGAUGUUGGCGUAGGUAUGGAACCAAGCCUCCUCACACCCUAUUGCUAGAAUGGUGUUAAAGCAGCAAAAAUACGUCAUGAGUCUUAAGAUGGAGUGUAGAAGGAUGUAGCAGACCUUGGAAGAUGCUGAACUCUCUUUCACUGGAGGUUUUUAAAGGGAGGUUGCAUGGACAUCUAUCAAGGAAUCUUUAGCUCUGAUUUCUGCAUUGCAGGGGGUUGGACUAGAUGACCCUGGGGAAACGCAUGGGGUGAUCUCCAGGCUGUAAACAUUUUGCAGGAGGGAUUGGAAUACUUAACUGGAACUGUAGGUUUGUGCAGUUAAAGUGAAUUAAAGGACCUGGCACAACAAUCCCACUUUAAAAAAACAAAAGUGGUUUUGAAAGUGACAGGGAAAUGCAUUGAGAAUUGUGGAGUGAACAAAUGAUUAGUGGGCCAAUGUGUAAGUACCCCGCAAAGCAAAUCAGGAUGAAUAUCAGACCAGCGGUCAUUUUCAUAUAACUGCUCCUUAAACAAACCAGACCAAAUGCUCAGUAAAGAGCUGAGUUGGUUUAAUCGCUACACAAGCUGCUCCCCCACUUUUUAAAACAUAAAAUCCACCCAUUAGCCAGAUCUGUCUUGAGCCUUGUAGAGAGUUAGGAAUGUUUAAAGUGACAUGAUAGUGCUAUAAAUGUAUACCACAGAUGGGGCUGUAGUGCUGAAUCAGGAGGGACUCCCUUGUUUGAGUCUUUGCCUUUACUGUGAACUCACUAGAUAACUUUAGAACACACACAGUCUGAUUCUUGACAUGGCUCAAACCAUAUAUUGUCCCUAAAAGGGCAUUGGCAGCCACACUGUAUUUAUUUAACAAGGCUUAUACCAUUGCCUAAUCACCAAAAGCCUCUAAGACUUUCCCAUAAAAAAUGCAAAUAAUAAUAAUUUAAAAUGCUAAUACGUAGUUGGGGUUGUUAUGGGGAGGGAGCAGGGGGAAACUGUAACUGAUUGUAUGUUUGUUCUUAUAUUCAAAAUUAAUAAACAUUUUUGUAGAUGCCAAUAAAAUCAUAUGUUAAAAAACUCAGUUGACAUAAACAUUGAUCAUCAUUGAUCAAACAUUGAUCAAAAUAUAAAUUAAAGCAGUUUUGCAACAAAUGCAUGUCAUGAACAUUCCAUGCUAAAAAUUGCAUGUGUUGGUAGACUUGCCUAAACAAAAAAAGUUUUAGCAGGUGCUGAAAACUAAACAGUCAAUGGACAAGGAGUUCCAAAGAGUAGGUGCUGCAACACUAAAGGGUCAGUUCCUUGCAUCUACCAAAUAAACGUUGUGUGGCACUUGUAAAAAGUGUCCCAGUUCUACACAUGGAACAGCUGGACCUCUGUCUUCCCUACUGAAACAUCUGAAAGCAUCUUAAGAAUUCUUCUUUGAUUUUUUUAUUUUAGUUGGGGGGGGGGGUUGUUUUGUUUUCUGGAAUAAUAUGAGAAUGGCUUCCGGGUGGAUUUUUAAAACAGACUUCCACUGGCUUGAUUUCCUGGUUUGUUUGUUUGUUUGUUUGUUUUUAUUUGUAUGGCCGUCCAAUAAAGAUGCUUUCUGGGUGGCUCACCUUUGUAAAUGCGAGGUUCUCUUGUUUACUAGGGCACACAGUUAAGAAAGAAGUGAAGCUACAUAACAUCUCUCAAGAACAGCUGGUUGUAUCCUUUGCUUUGAAUCAUCCUCUCUCUGUUCCCCAAAAUCUGUGGCUGCUCAGUAGAAGACAUCAACUGGACUCACCUUCUGCUGUUUGGAGUGAAAUAUUCCAAAUAUUCCAAAAUAAACACAAUAGGAUACCCACAUAUACUUCCAUCUUCAAAGUCACAGGUUAGAAUAUUAUAUUAUGGAGAUACCUGUGCUACUAAUUUAAGUUGGGUACCCAUUGAAUUGGCAUGAUUGCAACCAGAGGAUCCUGAAAAUUAUGGUUUGGUGAGAGAGUUGAGAAUCACUAGAGGUUUCCUCCACCGCUUUGGAGAACUACUGUUCCCAGGGGUUUCCUGAGAAGCAGGAACAGUUUGUAUCUGUAGUGGAGACAAUGGAAUAGUAGGUGCAUCUUAUAAGAGCACAUCUCAGUUACUGAAUUUCCUGUGCUGAGUGGGCAAGGAUUGAAAGGGGCUAUAUUAUCUAUUUGUUUGAAACCAACACAAUCUGGAACCCUGAAAAGGCAGCGUUCCCUGUCAUCUGGAUAUAGGAGGCCCCUUCAGACCUUCUGCACUCAGCAAUGGAAUGGGUUGGAAGCUGAGCAUGUGGGGUCCUGUGCCCACUACAAGGCCUUUGUGUUGGGAUAUUGUGGGUAAAUUAAAAUGCCAGGGAUCUCGGAGUCAUCAGCUACAGAUCACAUUCUUGCUUGUCACUGCCAGCAGCAAUAGUGGGUAAGCCUGCUUGAGGUAGGGAACAUAAAGUAAGAUGAUAUUUUAUAUAUCCUGUACCAUAUUUUUCUGUGUAUAACACGCCCCCUAAUUUUGGGGACCCAAAAUUAAGAAAAUGGGGGGAGAUUGUCCCCGUGUAUUAAACUACCCCCCCUUUUAACAUUAUUUUUUAGUAAAAAAAAACCCCUAGUCUUAUACACGGAAAAGUAUGGUAUAUUUUUACUGUUUGUUAACUUCCUGUUGCGAAGCGUUUUUAUAAAUCUGCAAAUAAAUGAAAUAGAUGAGGCACUUUGCUACAACCUGCAUAUCAGCUGUCUACCAUCUGAUAUUGUUCUUGGCAUGCAAUCUGAGCUGUUAGGGUGUGGCCUGGUGGAGGGGCAGCCAGCCCCAUGUCAUUUGUGCUGGUCUGUCGAUCUCUUGCUCCUUUCACUUUUAUUUUAUUUUAUUAUUUUUAAUCUAUACAUCAUUUACAUGCCAAAAUGGCUUCUAAGAAGUUUACAUGUGUAAAAUCAAUUAUAAAAUCUAUAUGUAAUUAAAAUACACAGUGAAACAAUUUCAUGAAAACGUACAUCCAUAGCUAAUAUUUGCAAUGAAACAAGCCAGUACAAAAGCAUAGCAAUUAAAAAAACAGUUAAAACUAUUAGAUCUUGAAGUUAAAGUUCAGGAAAAUGCUUGAACCCUAAACAGGUAUGCAUGUAUUCAGGAGCCAGCAGAAUGCCAAUAUUGAUGGGGCCUCUCUUAUUUCCUGAAGGAAGGCAUUCCAUACCACUGGUGCCAUUGGUGGAAAAACCCACCUCCAUGUUACCACAAGCUGAUAAUAAUUAGGCCUCUUCCUUUGCAUACAAGGUUUUUCAACAUACUGCAAAGCAGGGUGCUGGUGAAACACUGAUUCACCCCUCCAUCUUAAGUUGCUCAGAAACCAGUGUUUGCAUCUGCAGAUCUAGAUUAGCAGCUGCAGAUUUUAUGCAAGUGUAAGCCUGUGCCCAGAGUCUUUUAUGUAGCCGGAAGUGCCCCUGUAUGUAGUUAGGCAACACAUGGCAACCCAACCAGGCUACGGUAGAUCAAUUCAGUCCUCCAGCAAAUACUAAUUACUGUAUUUUUCGCUCUAUAGGACGCACCCGACCAUAAGACGCACCUAGUUUUAGAGGGGGAGAACAAGAAAAAAAAAAUUCUCUCCCUCUCGGUGCAGCGCCCUUUUAGUGAAGCGGCAGGAGUAACGGAGCCCCUUCCAUUUCUCCUCCCGCUUCGCUGAAGGGGCGUUGCGCAGCGCCUCUCCAGCGAAGCGAAGCCUCUGGAGCACAGUGGGAGCGCUCCCGCUGCGCUCUGGAGGCUUCACGUUGCUUUCGCUGAAGCCAUGGAGCUUGCACUCACUCCAUAAGAUGCACACACAUUUCCCCUUAAUUUUUGGAGGGGAAAAAGUGCGUCUUAUAGAGCCAAAAAUAUGGUAAUAUCUGAAGGGAAGUCCCCAUGCUUGCUAAUUCUUGUAAUAGUCCCUAGGUAACAGAUUGCCAUGGCUGUCUCCAUUUCUUUUCUUUUUGGGGGGUGGAGUGGUUGUUUUGGUUACCACUAAACUUGUAUUUCCUUGAGCUGUCAUUUUCAGCUGGGAUAUUCCUUCUUGAAUCCCUUUGGAUCCUUCACGGUGCUAAAUCCUUUCUGGACACUGGAGGAAGGCGAAUCCCGCAAUCUUCUCAUCUCAUUCUGCCCAGAGGAGAACACACCGGUGAGUCUCUAAACAAGGAAUUGGUUUAGUUUAUUUCAUUGGUGUCCCACCUUUCCUCCAAGGGGACCGUCCUGCAAGGGUGGAGAACCUCAAGCCCAGGAAUCAAUUGCAGUCCUCCAGGCUUCAUUAUUUGACCCUCAGAACUCUCCAAGGCCACAACCCCUUCCACACCAUUCCCUGGGCCUGCUGAAAUUCUUUGAGGAUGUGUCCUUGAACUAGGAUAGCUUGGAUAAAUGUGUGGGUUUUGAACUAUGCUAAUGCCUCUUCCUUACCUGGAUGAAAGAAAGAUGGAGGUGUGUGUGUGUGUGUGUGUGUGUGUAGAACAUCUGACUUUUCAGUGGUUGAAAUGUUGCCUAUGUACAAAGGUAAGAGGCACAUCCAUUGCUUCCCCCUUUUUUUACCUCUGGCUUUGCCCACCACUGGAAUGUGGCCCCUGGAAAGUUUUCCACAAGGAAAUGUGGCCCUCUGGCUGAAAAAGGCUGUGCAGCCCUGGCAUACUCUCCUCCAUACCCAUUUUAUCUUAAGGCCCAGUUUAUAUGUGAUGCAGACUUCAUGACAGGUGGUUAAUCGUGCAUGAGUUCUGCAUGCCCCCACCAUGCUUAAAUAUACCUGUCACAUGCGCUGUCCCACAAUACAUGCUGUGUUAGCAUGCCAGCAGAGUCUGCGCUCAGAUCAUGUAUGCCUGGCUCGUUAAUGCUGGGCAGACAUGUUAAGUGCACAGGGAAGGGCCAAAACAUUUUGCCGCCUGAGGCAGUGCAGCCAGCAGUCACGAUCCCCCUCAAAGUCAGGCUACAAGGCCAGCUAGGCUAUUUUGGCACCUGAGGGAUGAAAUCUCACAGGCACAUCUUCCACCUCUCUGAUGACAGUAAUACAAAAAAAUAAUUCAGUUCAAUUAACUAUAAGUACAAACACAUAUUAAAACAAAGAAUGAAUAUGCAUAUAUAAAUAGAAAUGUGUAUGUACAUUUAAGUAUAUCACACAUUCAAAUGAAAGCCAGGUGGAGCCAGAGCCAAUAACAGGCAGAGCCACAUCCUGACGGGUUGUAAAAAGGCAGGCAAGUGGUGGCUAGCUGAGAGGAGACUGAGGUUGGUGGGUCAGUGCCCCCAUUUGCUCAUUAGUCCAAGCGUACAGAAAAGAAACAUGGCUGUCCCUAGUGGUUUUCUUCUGAACAAUUUGCCCUGAGAAUGAUGGAAUGUUAUCAAGUACCAGUGCUCCCAGUGGGACUUAGUCCCUUCCCCUUUGAGACAAAUGGGUCUAGCCAUCCAUAAUGGACACUUUACUAUCAGUAGCCCCUAAAUAUCAGGAAGGUGACACUCAGCUUUUAUUGAGCCCCUUAGGUGGCUCAUGCCACCUGAUAUAAUGCUAUCCUUACUGACCAAUAAUGUUUUAUCCCACAGUACUUUGAAAUGCUGGAGAUCCGCAGUGGGAAAUUCACUCUAACCCUUACCCUGACAGGCCAGGGUGUCAUCCCUUCAAUUUCUUGCUCAGUGGAAGGAGACGUAUUCAACAUGGGAUAUGUUCUUGCUAAGGAAACAGCCACUGCCACUUUCAAGGUAAAUCACAACUGCACUGUGAAUAGGGAUGUUGAAGGAUUCCAUCAGAAAUGGAAAGAGAUGGUCCGUCUGAGGUCAGGAACAGAAAUUACGCAUGUGAAUAAAAGCAGUACAGUUGUACCUUGGAUCCCAAACACCGCAAACCCAGAAGUGAGUGUUCUGGUUUACGAACAUUCUUUGGAACCCAAACAUCUGACUAUAAUUCCCAUCUUCCCUGACCACUGGUCCUGCUAGCUAGGAAUCAUGAGAGUUGUAGGCCAAAAACAUUGGGAGGGCCGAGGUUGAGGAAGCCUGGAAUUAAACGGCUGCCUUUUCAAUACUGUAAAAAGCCAGGAGAAAGUAUGCUCCAAAUCCAAAGUGAUGAACAGAACGAGUGUAUUUAUAUGAUCAUUUUUUACAGGGACAAAAUAAACAAUGCCUUGAAUUAGUGGCUAAGACACUGGGCUAUGAAUCAAGAAACCCCCAGUUUGAAUCCCACCUCUGCUUCACAACUCACUAGCUGGCCUUAGGCAAACCACAGCCUCUGUCCCUUCAUCUGCAGCAUGUGGGAUCAUAAUACUUACCGUAUUUUUCGCUCUAUAAGACGCACCAGACCACAAGACGCACCUACUUUUCAGAGGAGGAAAACAAGAAAAAAAAUAUUCUGAAUCUCAGAAGCCAGAACAGCAAGAGGGAUCGCUGCGCAGUGAAAGCAGCAAUCCCUCUUGCUGUUCUGGCUUCUGUGAUAGCUGCGCAGCCUGCAUUCGCUCCAUAAGACGCACACACAUUUCCCCUUACUUUUUAGGAGGGAAAAAGUGAGUACAGUACUUACCUCACAGGAAGGGUGGGGAACUAGUGGACCUCCAGUUGUUGCUGGACUGCAGCUCCCAUCAUCCUUGGCCCAAGCUGUCUGGGGCUGAUGGGAGCUGGAGUCUAGCAACACUCAGAAAGGCACAGGUUCUCCAUCACUUCUGUACAGAGUAAGGAUUACAACUAGAUCACACACGCAAAGCAUUUAGAAUACUUGAAGGUGGUAUACAAACAUUAAGGCUGCUGCAGCUGAUUGCUAUUAUUAUUAAUCGAGAUUCCUGUUCAUAUAAAUGUGCCCAUGCAUGGAUAUAGCAGAAAGACAACCACAGAAAAAGGUUGAAGUCAGUUUGCAGGAACACAGCUUUUGACUCUGUCGUUGGUUGAUUGGUCUCUUGCAGAUAGAGAACACUUCGAAUCUGACCCUGAAAUACAAUAUUCUUCUUGACUCGCUCUCACCAAGCAGAGAAAGAGAACAGCCAAAGAUUCCCCCUUUCCUCGCAUCUCCAGGGAAAGCAGACGUAGUUGGUAAAUAAUUGCUCUUAAUGCUUUUGAAUAUUAAUUAAUGGAAGUGAUGGAGAUAAUUGUGGACUUACUGAAAGCAAUCCUGUGUUGAUCAGGGUCCGUAUAUAUUCUAUGAAAGUAAUUCUAAGAGCAGGUGCAGUUGCUGUUUAUAAUUCCAGCCACACGGUGUAAGUAGGGAUGUUGGAGAAUUCUUUCGGAACCAAGAGUGGAAAUUGCCGCAAUCCGCACAUUCGUCCGAGGUCAGGAACAGAAAUCACCCACCAUCCUUUUGUUAGUCCAUGAACAUAACAUAAAUAAUUACAUUAUUUUCUGCAUCAUUUUUGACAUUCCUUUCCCACUGAAAUUAAUUUAAGAAAUAACUGUUUUCAUUUGGGUCAGAGCAGAUAGUAAGAUGUAUAGCAUAAGUUUUAGCAAAAGCCAAACUGUAGCAGUUUGCAGUAGUUCCUGCCCUCAAAUUUACAAUCUGGAAGGUGCAGCGUGAAAGGGAAAUGGGCUGGCCCUGCUUCGCUUCUCUGCAGCAGACAAAUGGAAUAGCUGCUGCUGGACGGCAGAUGAAGGAGAGGGGAAAGCCUAUGGAGUUGGAGUUAACAAAAUGUAGGCUACGGUGUUUAAAUGGCCCCGAUCAACUAAGCAGCAGAUUUUUAGAUGGUUACUUUUAAUACAACUAUUUGCAAGCAUCAUCUUCAGAGGCAUUCCUACCUGCAUAGGAAAGAAUGAAGCUCUCUCCUCUAAGAUGAAGACUGCUGUGACUGCUGAAAUCUUAAGUAAUCUUUUCUCACAUGCAUAGUUAUGCAGCUUUACUUAAUAAACUAAAAACAGAUAGGGCUUCCUUGGCCAGGUGACAAGCCUUGUGUUCAAUAUUUGCUUUGAAUUGUUCUAAUCUGUGGUACUUUAGUUCCCUAAGCUGUGUGUAUGUGUGUUGUGUGUUUCUCUUUUAUACCUUUUUACAAGCUUGACAGCAGGCUCCAGCUUAAUACGUUUAAUCAUCCAGAUUUUUCCAGCUUUGCUGCUGGGUUUUUUACCUCUCCUGUAGAACAGAGUGCUGAAAAUAUUGGCCAAGGAGAUGUGGCUCUCCAGCUGCUUUUCUCCUACCAGUUUGUGUUUCCAUCUAUUCCCAGGUACACAAAAUUACAAUGGCUUGAGUGUGUUCAGCGUCUCUCCCGUGGAAGGCACCAUCACUUUCAAGAAGUGUCAGGAGUUCACCAUCACCUUCAGCCCUGAUCAUGAGAGCCUGUAUUAUUCCGAUUGCAUCCAUAUUUUAAUCUUUGGCAAGGUGAGAUUGGCUCAGGUAGGGCUCUGAGCAUCAGUUGCUGGAAACUGCAGGAGGGGAGAGUGCUGUUCUGCUCAGGUCCUGCUAAUGUCCUGGAAUCCCCAGCAUCUCCAGGUAGGGCUAGGAGUGUCUGCAGUCUGAAACCCUGGAGAGCUGCUGCCAGCCAGUAUCAACAUCACUGAGCUAGGUGGACCCAAUAUGGUCUAGCUGUAUAAGGCAGCUUCCUUUGUUCCUGUAUCUUAAAGAAAGGGGUGUGGCAUUUGUUUUGCAUGUAGUGGAUUCCAGGUUCAACCCCCAGCAUUUCCAGGUAGCAAGUGCCAGGGAAGACUCCUUCUUGAAAGCCUGGAGACUCACCUCCAAUCGGUGUUGAGAAUCUGAUGCAGUGUAAAACAGCUUCCUAUGUUCCUAAGGCUCUUGUAAAUUUGGUUCUUGGUACACUAUGUGUGGCACAAUCCAAACAGAAGUGACUGGCCUCAAGGACUGAGUUGUGAAAGUUUCUCCCCUACUUUAAGAUGAACCAGUGAACGAAGGAACAUUGGUGAUGAAUGAGGAGUGCCAUCUAGUGUUUACUAGGCCAAAGGGCAAAGGACUCUCAAAUACCCUGGAAAAGCAACAAGAACAACUCUUCCCUUUGCAAAGCCACUAAAACCCCCCAGCAAAGCCCAAACUUCAUUUGGAUUUCUACAAAGUUUCUGAACUUUGGUGGAGAGCUUUGAAUGGUUGCCCAAAAGCAACCACUUAAUUUCCAGACCACUUAAUUGUUUAAAGAAAAAAAAACCUCAAAGCUGUUUGCAAAGAGAAUUGCUGCUGAAACUACUGAGGGCUGUUGCAGUAAAGUGGAAUAAACAUUAGGCUGCGAUAAUCUUCUUUUUAGGAAACCAUCCGUGUGAUCCAGCUGAAAGGGGCAGCACGGAACCACAUAAUGUUUGUGGAAGGAGGUGACCCGCUAGAUGUGCCCAUUGAGUCACUGGCCGUAACUACGUCUAUGGCUGAAGAAGCAAGCAAAGCAGGUAGCCCACCUUAAACCCAUCCAUAUUGAUGGAUGAAUCUCUGUUUCAUUUUUAGAAGCAUGUUUAGAUUAACUUGCCGCACCAUGUAGAAUGCUGAUUUAUGUUGUAAUUUGUUUUUGUUUAUUGCUGAUUUUUAUGUUUUUAAUUAGUUGUUUUUACUGAUAAUUUCAUUGUCUUUUUUGAUAAACAGCUUUGAGAAUUUUUUUAUUAAACCAAGCAGUGUAUAAAUUUUAUGAAACAAACAAACAAACUGAAAUUGGCAAAUUUGUCUAUCCCUACCAGUGACAGUAGUUAUGGUCCCUGUACAAUCCCAAUUAAUACUGUUUAGGAGUGUAUGUGUAUGUGUAUGUGUUUUUACCAAUUUCUUCUUGCCCCACCAACAAUUACAACUGGAUUUGUUUCUCCUGCAGAGAGCGGCAAGUCUACAAACUCCAUUCUUCUGAACCUGGAAUGUGUCCAGUCAGAGACUUUUGUUAUCCCAGCCACUCGGGAGCUGAGAGUUGGCGCGAUACGAAGCACUCAGUUUGCAUCAAAGAAGGUGCAGGAGCCGUAGGGGCCAGGCAUAUGUCAGUGGCUCCCAACACCCUCACCCUUAGAGGAUCCAGCACAGUGGUUUUCUGGGAAACAUGGGCCAUAUUCCAAGGAGUGUGUUAACACUGUUUGGAAGAGAUGGGACUCAAGUUGUAGGAAAAAGCCAAUCAUCUCCCUCAGUCAUUUUCUACCCUUGCAAGUCUCUCUGCAAUUUUUGGCCUUCCUUCUCAUGAACCAUUUUGCUAGCAGAGGUGAAAGAGGCACAUUGAGAAAGGGAGCGACAAUACCCUGGGAUGUGUCACCUGGGGAAAACUCCCACCACCGUUUCCCUGCGGGAGAAUUGCUAAGAAGAAAAAGGGAAAUAGAGGUAUAGGACAGGUUUGAUGUCAGACGCAGUGGCAGAGACCCCAUCGUUCUCUUACAGACCCUGGCAAAUCAACAUGUAGAGUCCAGCUCUGCACAUCUUUGUGUCUAGGGAUGUCAGAGAAUUCAUUCACAAACAGAAAUGGGAGCAGAAAUUGCUGGUGUUCAUUUUUUUUUUUUUUACACCAGCACAAAUCAGUGCUAUAGAUUCACCUUGUUAUGGGAUACUCUGAAAAAUUGAGAUGGUCUCUUGCCUUCCUUUUUUAAAAAAAAAGAAUCCCAGUUUGAAUCAGUUCUACAAAUGGGGAGCAGAUCUUAGGGCAUGUUCGCUUAUUCACCCAGGCAUGUUUUGUGCCAUGAGGUUUCAUCAGCCAUAGUGUCUGACAGCGUGUUGUGAACCUUUUGUUUCUGCAGAAUGUAGAAUUCAACUGGGAAAACAUGCAACUUCUUCAGCUAAAAGGAUUCACUGUCGAUCCUGUGAAAGGAAGCGUUGAGCGUGGACAAACCAAACCCAUCAAUGUUUCUUGGGUGCCCCCUGCUGGAUCAAAUGUAUGUUGCAAGUUUUAAAAUGUGCCAUUUAUUGCUAUUGUAUUAUACUUCCCCAAGCAGUAGGAUAGGAGGAGGGAAGUUUUUUAUAAGGUCAGUUUCCCUGUUAAGCAAAGGAGGCUUAGGUAAAACACCAGCAUAGCUGACAGAAUAUUCCAUGUUCAAUAUCUGGCAUCUGCAGUUAAAAGGAUCUUGCAUAGCCAGGCUUGAAACAUCUCUGCCUGACAUCCUUCAUAGCCACUGCCAGUUAGAUGUCUGGCCUAGAAGGGCCAAUGGGGCAUCUUCAUAUGUCCAUGUGAAGGAUGAGAGUCAUUUUAUAGUAGACACUCAGGGCCAAACUGAACACAACAAGCAGCUUUGUAUAUAAUGUGCAAUUUUUAUUUUUAAUGCAAGUAGCAUCUGAUGUGGGGGCUGAUAAUUCUCCAGACUGCAACAGGUGGUAUGGGGAGAAUUUAACUCUUUCCUUUCUUCCUGAUCCUAUUGGUGCCGAUGGGGAAUUCCCCUACCCCUUGCCAAAAAAGAAGCAAAGGAGGAAUCUUCCUCAAGAUCAGUGCUGAUGGAUGGUUGAAGUUGUAUUUCAGCAGCAUCUGGAGGAUCACAUGUCUCCCAUUCCUGCUCUAGAUGAAUCUGUUUGGUUGUGGGGAGGGGGUGAGUGACAUUUAUGCACCCUUUAUAACAGUACUGGAGCACCUGUGGCCCUCCAGGCAAUCUGUCAGCCCCAGCCAGCAUGACCAGUGGUCAGGGUUGACGGGAGCUGUAGUUCAGAAAACAUAAAGAAGUCACUGGGGAGGCAGGGCUAGCAUUUCUGUCCACCGGGCUGCCUGCAAUUUCUGCCUAGCGCUUCCCUCCAUCUUGUCUCUGCAGCCCAACCAGCCUGUGACUGGAUCAGCCAUAUUGAAUGUGAAGGGAGACAUCAAGGAGGUGUACAGUGUCUACUUCAUGGGCAGGAUCGUGACCAAGUGAACUGCCACUGAGCUGAGGCUCCAAACUGCCCUUUCUGAAGAAAGAUGGAAAAACAUCCCUGGGGCUGUUGGAUCAUUCAUCCUCAUGAAUUUCCCAGAGCAUCCAGAACUGAAGCAAAAGAUAACAGAUCAAAAAGAAGAUGAGGAAAAGUCUGCAAUCUGAAAUGGCAUAAUCCAGUUCCCUUAAAGUUGCUUAAAUUGGGGGUCCUUGUAUCCUUUCAUAACCAGCUCUACUGAAACUAGGAAGAUUCCUUCAGAAUAUAUGGGCCAAGGUGGGAUCCUUAUGGCAGUCUCAGCUUUCAGAGAUGGAAGGCACAGGAAAGUCUUACUUUCCUUUUAAGCUCCACCCUUAGGCUCUUAGGUGGGGCAGCUGUGAUUGUAUCACCUGAUUUCUUCCUUUUUCUGUUUUCUUUUUGCGGAAUCCAAAUUUUAUGGGAGCUGUGACAUUUCCUCCCCCCCACCCCCCGUCUUUUGGAUCUAAAUCCUUCCCCUUUUGAAGCUGUAAAUUACUCUUAACAAUCAGAAUAAUACAGGUAACCAAACACCAGCAAGGCUAAUUGCGGUUUCAGAGCUAUAUAGAUCUGGAAAACAGGAUGGGGAAGGGGGUCAAACUCCUCCUUCCACAGAACCACUGCUCUGAUUUUUCUUUUACGUGACCCCUUAUGGUUUUCUAGUAAUGGUGAGCCCAACUUAUCUUCUGAAACUAGAAGGAGGGAUGUAGGUGGGGUGUUGAAUUUGGCAAAUAAGGUGGAGAAUGAGACUCCACAGAUGGAUGGUUAGCAGCCAAACCUGCCAUAUUUCAAGGAACCCACUGAUGACUUUAAUUUGAGUCAAUGCUGCACUGUUGUUUUGAAUAAAGUCCUCUGAAUACAAAGAUGUUUUAAAGUAGCUUACGUUGUGUAUUCAGUUGAUUCAAACUUUUUUUAAAAAAAGAAAAACAAAGGAGGUCUGGUAUACUUUCUUCCUUAUGUUUCAGCAAGGGCCAAAGCAGCAAAAAACUUAUUAUUUCCCCUUGGUGCCGGGACUGUCUCAAUUUUGAACUCACACAGUUGUUCAAGAAGCAACGUUGUAGUCUGAAAUGAUGGGAGUUUGUGGGGGUUUUGAGCCCCAGAUCCACACCCAUCCACCAACCAUCUUCGUAAUCACACUGUGUGUUUCUUCCUCAGAAGUUCGCUUGACUGAAGUUUUUCCAGACCUUUUGCAAACAUAUGUCAAUCACUGUGAAGGGCAGCUAAUAGCUGUUUAUCCUCACAGUCUGAUCAGCUGGCAGAACAUUCCAUCCUGGCCUCUGAGCCAAUGAGGUCUGUUCCAGGGUGAUAAUUGCACACCGCGGGUGGUGCUAUAAAUGACAAUAAUUAUACUGUAGGAGCUUGCACUGCCCAGUAUGUGGCCUCUGCAUGCAAAUGCUUGUUCCACAACCAGUUAUUACAAUAAAUGUGUGCUACGUGGAAUAUUUGGUAAUGUAAAGACUUGCAGACAUCGCAUGCUGUUGCAUCAGUGUCAAGGCCUACCCAAUCAUACAAAUCUCUUUGAUUGAUUGGUUGUGUGCCUGUGAAGAUAGAUGCAGCUUUAGAUAACCUUUCGGAGCCAGGGGUUGUGAAACCUGUAGCCUUCUAGAUGCCAUUGGACUCCAACUCCCAUCAGCCUCAGCACUGUCAGGGAUGAUGGGAGUUGUAGUCCAGCAACAUCUGGAGGGCUGUAGGUUCCCCAUCCGUGUUUUAGAUCGCCCUGGUUGUUGUCAGAAAUUGAGAAACAGUAUCCAAUAAAGGUUUAGAGCGCAGAGAUUUUGGAAGAAAUCAUGCUUUUGCUAGUUUAUACCAAAAUUGGGUAAACACCCACCCACAGAGCCUCAGGCAGUGGUGGCUGAUGCCCAUUGGGACUGGUGGAGCAGAAGGCAGCAAGACCAAUAGUAGCUGGCACCAGAGUCAACGAAAGGCAGAGCCAACCCCAUGAGUGGUUGCAAGUUAGGGUGCGGGUAGGUGAGGCUGACUGCCAGGAGGUUGAGGAUUGGUGGGGCUUUGCCCCACUGGACUGCACUUUUUAAUGCAUCUCUAGCCCCACCUUGAGUUGAUUGAAAUGAGUCCACUCUCAAUCAUUGGCUGAGUUACAGAUGUGUUCAUGAUACAUGUUUCAAAACACCCUCAGCUGUUCAGAUUACAGCCUUCCCAUCCUGGUGCCCUCUAGAUAUUUUGGAUUGCAAGCUCCCAACGGCCCUGCACCAUUGGCCAUGCUGGUUGGGGCUGAUAGGAGACAAUCUCCUGGAGGGCACCAGGUUGGGGAACUUGGAUUCAGAAGGUGAAACAAACUGCCUCAAUGCAAGAGCUGGAUGGGAAGAACAGGGGCUCAGGGGUGGAGGUGGGAAGGGGUCCUUUGGAGAAGGGGGUAGGUAGCAUUAUCAAAGUGUUGCUCAACUGCCUGGUGGGGUAAGAGUAAUAUGUGAAAAGCAUUUGGAAGAAGGGGUUCCACAUCGGUUUUCCAUGCCUUCAUAAGUCUGUUCCAUCCAAUUUCCAUAUUUAUUAUUAUAUUUAUAUUCUCUGAAGAGCUUGAAGUGGUGAACGUGGUUCUCCUUUCCCCCAUUUUAUCUUCACUACAACCCUGCGAGGUGGGUAAGGCUGAGAGACUAAGUGAGGAGCCCUAAUCCUCACUGAUCAAUAGUCAUUCCCUACCACUGAGCCCUCAUCCUCCUAGUCUACUAAAAGCAUCCCCAGCAGAUGACACUCCAACCAAUGCUUGAAGACCUCCAUUGAGGGCAGAGCCCACCACCCCUCUGAGGCAUUGGCUCCACUGUCUAAUUGCUCUUUACAAGUACAGUUGAUGAGUCUUCAUUUUUAAUGGAGUGGGAAAACAUUAAGCAUUUCAGCUGUCAGUAACCAGGUGCUUUUAGCCUUUCUUCUUAAGGAAAGGGCUCCAGACUAUUAAUAGUUCCAGUGACCUUUUCCUGGCCCUCUCCCACCCACCCCCCUCUGUCUCAUAGUUCCUACAGAAGGAGUGCAGUCUUGCACGUUUGCAGAUAAUAAAAGAAUUUAGGGUGGUGUUUUUGUGUUUUUUAAAAGAUUAAGUGAGCAGCAUGGACUAGGAUCCCAAGAACCUGAAGGUUGAUCUAGUCUGGUUUCUUCAACUAUAGCCCCCAGGCCCCACGGAAAAUUUCUUUGGGACGUGGGGAGCUUUCAAAAGCAAAUUGUGAUGAGGGAAUCCAAAAUCCCCACAGGGCAUGUUGCUUUAGGACCCAUGUUAAGUACCUCUUGGGUUCAUGGUCCUUGUUUUUUUCUGGAUUCAAUCCCUCAGAAGCAAUGGUUCUAGAGGAAAACUAUAUUGACAAGUGUGGGAUCAUAUAAAGUGUUCCUCUUUUAAGCAUAAACCCUUACAUAGCCAACACGGCAGUACUCAUGCAGAAUAUGAAGGUAUAUUUAGGCUUUGGAGGAACACCAGGAUUUGUAGAAGUCAUACAUACAUACAUACAUACAAGGGGGUAAUUCCCCCCUCUCUCACCCCCACCCCAAUGAACCAUGAUCUCCAGAUCCACAGUGUUAUUGCAUUAUUGCCAUCUGGAGGGGCACUCUUGCAAGAAAAGCAGGACAGAAAAAACCCCAGAACACUUGUGGCAGGAAGUUUCAGCAGGAAGUCAUGGGACCCACACUGAUUGGAAAUGAAGCUAUAAAAUG